CGUGACGGGAAAAUGACGUCACAAACGUUUCGUCCCGUGACGGUAACGCGCGCAGCACUCUGAUGUUUUUCUAGAAACCAGUAGCGAUCGAAAAUAUUUCAAAACUGUUAAUCGAUUAUGUGUAGGUUUUCGCAUCAUACUUGAAACGAGAAAUGCGAAUGUCAGUGGCAGUGUAUUGAACGUCAUACCCAGCGCACACGUCGCCAUAAUGCCGAAUAAUCGAUGAACAUAAUAAAUACAGUCGUCUUCAUUCAGGUACGUACUAUAAUGAUUAUUAGUUACUUAUUGGAAUACAAUGGUAAUAAUAUACCUGCCUGUAUGGAUAGUGGCGUAAUGAUAGUGUAAUUAAAUGUUGGGGAACCGCGGGUCAAGAUAUUUUUGGGUGGUGGUGGUGGCGGUUGGUGAAUACAAGUGCGUUUCCAACUACCCGGGUGAAUGAACGAAUUAAUUGCGAUAUUUCAAUUGAUUUUUCAACGUAGUAACGUUUGUUCAUUACUAAUAGAACACGCGAUAAUUAAUUAAUGUUCUGAAUUCCGUUGCAAUCUCAAAAAUCGUAUACCUAAUCUAACCAUAAUACCCAUAAUAGGUAACUAGACCACCAAACACGGGGGUGCGAAAAUUAUAGACACAUCACAGACACCUAUAGAGGCAAUACCCCCACAAUCCGCUUUACACGAUACCUAUUUUCAAUGAGCAACUACAAAUUUUAUUUACAAUUUUUUAUAAUAAAAUGUAUCAUCAAAAUUGUUGAACUCAAUACGCACACGAUGCAUUGUCUGUAGGUUAUUUGUUUUUUUGUUCUGCUUAUUAAUCAUGAAAUACACGGAAAAAAUAUUUAGUCUAUACUAUAAAACAACUUAUUGUGUGUUUUUCGGGGUGUUAAUUUUAAACUUAAGAGUGCUAAAGACUCGUAUCUCACGCUCCUCUAGUUGUGCCCAUUUAUAUAUAGGUAAUAAAAUGGUGUUCUUCAGUUUUGACGAUACUUAUUUAAUCAGUAAACUGAGUACCCAAUCUGUUUAUGAAUAUUGUUUUUACGAUUCUACAUUUAUAUAAAUUGAUUACAUUUUUAAUGAACUGAGUCAAAUGUUUACUAGACAAACAGUUAUUUAUAAUAUACAAUACGAUGAUUAUUUAUCGUUGAACACUCAUUAUUUGGCAAAGUAUAGACUUCGAUAAAAAAACGGACACACUUCGCACGUGGGUGGGCCACUAUUGAAGUUUAAAAGUUGGGAAGCUAGAAGGGAAAUUGAAUGCAUAUCUACACGCAACGACUAACCGUUGCUAACGAAAAAAGAUUCUGAGCGAAAGAUUGCUUUGUCAACAAUAUAUAUGUCACAUUAUGGUAAAAUAUUUACAUACACAUCAAAUAGGUAUUACCUAUUUUUAAUAUUUGUUUGAUAUUGUAUUUAUUUUCCCGUUUCUUCGGUUUUUUUCCCGUUUAAUGGGACAAUCAAAAAAUGAACUUCCCAAAGUAUCACCCUGGUCAGAUUUCCUUUCAGAAAAAGAGCUAUCAUUUUAAAUCUGGGCAAAAUUGCCGGUAAAAAAGUUGUUCACAGGGAAUAAAAAGGCGUGCAUUCAUUUUGAAACUUGGGAAUUAUUUACGAUAGGGUAUCGCGGGGAGGAGGUUGCCCACCACACCCCCGACCCAUUUGAAAUUUCGAAAUAAAAUUAUGUAUUUCUUGCACAUUAAAUAAAGAAAAUUGAAAUAAUGAAUCUUUCAUAUCGCCUAAUAAAUAACCAACAAGGGAUACGUUCCUCCUUUGAAAAUAUGAAAAGAACUAACAUAAACUUACAUAAUAAUAAAAAAUAAAUACUAUAUAAUAUGAAGUAUGAAUGUAUUAUGUAUAAUAAUAUAAAUCAAUACACAGUAUUAUAAUAGUAAUUAUUCAUCUCAUUUCUGAGUACUAUUUGAGUAUUAUAAUUAUUUUAUUUAGAUCAAAAUCUGGAAAUGCUAAUUUUAGAUUUAGGGUGCUAAGCAUCCUAUGGCACCCCUGAUGUGGUAACAUUUUAAAAACAUUUUCUAGCUAUUUACAGCUAUUUGCACUCACAUUUUGCGAGGUUUGUACGUAAUUUUUAUUUGGUAGGUACUCUGUGGACAAAAUUUUUAGACUAAACAGAAAUGCUUGAAAAUCUGACCGGAGGUUCAUUAUUAAUCGUAGUUAGUGAUUAGGAAAAAAAAAUUGAGUGUAAUGAAGUGUUUUUUUUUUUUUUUUAUAAGAAUUUUAAAAUCAAAUUUUGACGAAAAAUCGUAAAUAUAGUAAUAUUUACUGCCUUUUAAAAUAUGUAUAACUGAAUUCCACUCAGAAUCGUUUUUCGUGAGCAAUGAUUGAUCGUUCCGUAUAGAUAUACUUAAAAUUCUCUAAACUCUUCCCUUAAACUACCCAACUACAACAGUGGCUGCACCCGUCCCAACUUCCAAGUAUUAGCUCUUUUUUUUUUUUAAAUUUUUUGUUACAUAAUUUUUGAAUUGUUUUGAUUAUAUUUAUUUAUUAUUACCAGAAUUUUAUUCCUAGUUCAUUCAUUAGUUAUUAUUAGGUAUAUUUUUCUGAUAUUCUGUUUUACCUACUAUUUAAAUAUUAUUAGGUCUUUGGUCUGGAAACAAAACAAAUAUGGGUACUUAUAUGGCACAUGAUGGUUUAUUAAUAAUUUUGAUGGAGCGAACUCGUAUUCGUAAAUCUUUUUCAGGCGUCUAUAAUAUCUUGGAAAAACCAGGAUAAAACUUAAGAAAAUUGGGAAAUUUACGAAAGUAAUGCUUUUAUUAUUUUUCAAUUUUGUCAUUUGUUGUAAUUCAGUUAAAAAUAUUCGUAGACUUGAAAUUUGUACAGAAAACUUAUAUUUGUUUUUUCUAGAUGUGGUAAUAUUUUCAUAAAAUGAAGGCCAUUUUUUGAGCUAUUUAUAGGCAUUUUGUUUUGCGAGUUUUGUUCAUCAUUUAUAUUCGGUAGGUAAUCUAUGGUAAAAUUGUUAGACUUAAGAGUGAUGCUUGAAAUUUAACUGGAGGUUUAUUAAGAGUCUGAUUUUGUGGUAAAAAAAAUAAUUGAGUAAUGUAAUGUUUUUUUUUUAUGAAGGAAUUGUAAUAGGAAGUUUUGACGAAAAUUGAUUGGGUAAAAAAUUAUUUGGAACAAAUUUAAUUUUCCAUUUUUAUUUUUUUUAUUUGAACAUGUGUAUAUUAUUGCCGAUUUAGGAACGAAGGUGAAGUCAGAACUGAGCGGACUGACUAAAUUUCGAAUCUAUAGCUUUUUUGAGUUAUGCUGAUAUUAUGUUAUUUUAAAUAAUUCUAUAUUGUCUAAUUUUAAAUAUGUUUGUUAUAGCCGAAUUUUUAUACAUACCUAAUAUCGUCCUAAGGGUCGCGAGUUUUAACUCGUGUUUUGGAAAAAACAUUUUUGCGCUUAUUUUUUCCCUGUUUAGGUAAACAGGGAAAAAACAAAUAUAUUUCAAGUGUACCUAGAGACCCAGUUAUCACUCGUUUGAACGAUUUUCGACGAACGAAAUUUUAAUCGAAAAAUACCCUUCGAUUUGUUGUGCAACCUUUUUUACCAGAAAUCUUGCUCCGAUGUAUCAAGUAUAGCUUAUUUUCUGAAAAGAAAUUUAUCUACAUAGUACUUUAGGGAGAUCAAUUUUUUGUGUUUUCAAUCGGUUUUCAUAAUAUAUUGGGAAAAUUUGUGAAAAAUGGAGAAAAACGGGAAUAUUUACAAACUAUAUUAAUAAAAUAUUAAAAAAAUUUUUUUCUUCUCGUAUAGACAGCUUUUUUACUAGCAAUUUUGUUCCAAAAUAUAAUGAUAGCACUUUUUUUAAAAGGAAAUUUGACUGAGAAGGUACUUUAUGGAGGUCACUUUUCGAUUUUUCCAAGAGUUUUGUCAGCAUAUGUGAAAAACCGGAAAAAACAUGAAAAACGGGAAAAUCGCUACAAUAUUAAACAAUUAUUAUUAUUGAAAAUAUACUAAGCCUAUUUAAUUAUUUUACCAUAAUAUAACAUAUAUAUUAAAUAUUGUUGACAAAGCAUCACUAUCCAUUGAACUGCGUUCAGAAUCGUUUUUUUGUUAGUGAUGGUUUAUUGUUCCUUAUAGAUAUACAUUAAAUUACCUGUAACAGUGGCUGCACAUAGCUCUAUUAUCCUAGGACGUCUUUUUAAUACUCUGUUUUGUUUUGUUUUUUGUUCAUUCAACUGGAUCAAAGUAUGGAUUGAAAAAACUCAUCAUUCAUAGUCUUUUACUAUAUUAGUCAAGUAUAGUGAAUUAUUACGGAUAGUGCGGUAUUCUAAUUAAAAGAUAGAUUAAUAUACACAUAAAACUUACAGUUAUAAUUUCGAAAAAACGGGCAUUGAAGAUAAAUUAACAUGGAAACGUAACCAUUGAAAAUAUGCAGUGUAAACUUCGUAUUGUCAUAACAAAGAUUUACAAACAAACAUUUCGCUGGGUCAUUAAAAAAAAUAUAUAGACGUAUAAAUAUUGGUAGGUAUGUUAAUACUGGUUUUAAACGUACCUCAUUCAACAAUAUGAAAACAUAUAAAUGCAUUUAAAAAAGAAGAAAUUUUGAUACGGUUGUAGACAACUGAUUGCGGGAAAUACAAUAGUUAUUAAACGAAAAUAUAAGUAUCACGCAACACGAAUUAUAAAAAUAUACGACGACUAUGCAAAUAGACAUAAAAUUGAUUUUUCAAAAGAAAUAGCCCGUAACUUUUAACUUUCAACAUUUCAUAUUUUAAUUAAAUAUUUAUGUACAUAUUAUAUCGACGGUGCUUUGUUAAAAGCACGUCUAUCAAAUUUCACUUUUUUUCAGGAAACAAAAAUAACUGUUUUGCGAAAUAAACAGCAAAUGAUGUUUAUCAUGGAAAACAAUAAAAUUACUCGUACACAUAAUCUUUGUACACAAAAUAUAAGUACAUGCAUUGAAUGUGGUUUACUCCCUUUUAACAAAUUUGUGUUGACUUAGUUAUAUUUUAUAAAGGUGCCUGAAUAUCUUUUAGUCGACAUUACCAACUUAAUUUUCUGUAUUUAAAUACGCCCUUUUACCAGUUUUUGUUCCUGAGUAAUUUUUCUGAUUAAGUCUACACGGAAAUAAGCUAAAUAUCAAUGAAUUAUUUUAUUUAAUUUAAUUAUAAACUGGAGAAAAGUCUAUGUAAACCAAUGUAUAAUUUAUAUAUUUUUUUUUUUGGUGACCAAUUGGCAGUCGUGAUUAAUUUACCGACGAUCAAUUGUUCGCGAUCAAUCCACUGGAUACCAAAAGUAACAAUUAUUUAAUCUACCUUAAAAACAAUUUUCUCCGUUAUAUAUAGGAAAAUAUUUAGAAACAUGGAUAAGUUUUUGAGUAUAGAAGGUGAUAUAACCAAGUACAAAUUUACUUUAAUUUCAAACGUAUCUUCCCUUUCUUAGCCCCUCACCCCUCUUCCCACCCAUAAUUUCACGCUUUCCUUAGCCUCACCAGUCUCUUCUUCCUUCCAUUCCUUCUCACUUUUACUUUUUUUUUCUCUUUAGUAUCUAAAACUAGUAGAAAUGGUCUAUGUGGAAAGUGUUCCAUUAAUCAUUUUGGCAAUCGUUGUAUAAGACCUAAUCUGUAUUUCGGUCGUGUUUAUCCGUAUCCGUAGAAUACGUCAAGAAAGAACUUAUACGAGUAUAUAGAAUUUAUAGUAAUCUAUAAUCUAUAGUAUUAUGUUCGGAUCUCUGUCGUUUAAUAAUAAUAAUAAUAAUAAAGAUUUAUUUAUUUAGCAGUAUUAUGUUAUACAAUUUUACAUAAUUAUAAAUAUUUGCAAAUUUUAAUGCAUCGUCUAAGGAUGGAAUCUUUGUUUUGAUAGGCGAGAGUCUCUAUAAACGAAAAAAAAUGAUUUGAUUAGUUGUUCAGAUAAUAAUAAAAAAAUAAAGCUAAUUUAUAUAAUAAUGACAGUAAUAAUAUCACAGAAUUAGUUCAUUGACCAAUAACCUUUCAUCACUUUACAAGCAAUUUGUAGAUAAUAAGUUUUUUACAAUUUUUUACAUAAGUUGGAAAUUUUUCAUAAAUUCUUAAACCCGUUAUCGGAUAGCUAUCAUAAUAUUUGUUGGUACUUAUUUUGGGAAAUAUUGAAUUUUCAGUUUUUAUUUCAUAUUUUUGGAUGACCAGUUGUAUUAUGUUUUUUUGGUAUAAGUAGCAUAAAGUUUUUUGUAUUAUAAUUUUUGAAUGGGUAAGAUUUUUGAUUCUGAGUAGAAUUGUAAUAAGGCGUAAAUUCACUAGGUCCGUUCGUUUCAGUUCAGUUCGGUCACGUUCCGGAUGAUCAGUAGAGAUUUAAAAACGUUUACAGCACACAGUGCUGGAUAGGGAAUGUAUUACCAAGUUUUAGGAUUUUCACCAGCUCAAAAUUAUACAAAAUAGAUUAAAUUGACAUAAAUUCAACUAAACACAAGUAUAAUUUUACGCUGCCCACCGAGCUUUUCUCGGUAGCUCGCCGGUUCAGUCCGGGCCUGAUCGUACACAAUCAGUCCUUUCCGUUCGGGUUGCCGAUUAAAUACGUAUUUGUAUACAUAUAAUACAUUUUUUGUAUUUAUAUAAUAUAAUACAAGUAUAUAGGGACUUCCCUACGUUUUAUUUAUAUUAUUAUUUUCGAGUCUGAACGAAGCGAGAGAUGUAUCUGUUUUACUAUAUUAAUAUUGUAUGCCUUUUUUUUUUAGCUUCUGAGUGAAACUGUAAUGGACUUUUUAAAUUAUAGGUUUUUUUUAUUUUUAUUAAACUGCUAUUUAAACUAUCUACACAAUGUGUCGAGUAAGCUGAGUCAAAAUUUUUUUUACCAAAAAUAUACAUACCAACCAUGUCACGAAUGUAGAAUAAUUUAAAUUUUUUUAAAACCUUACAAAUGAAUAAUAUUAAUACUUAUGCCUACCUAUAUGUAUAUACUCGUAAUAUUAGAAUUGUUUGUAAAUGGUUAAUUUAAUCCAUACUUAUUGGCCAUUUGACCGUAAACACGCUGUAGUUGUGAAUAAUUAUUUUUUUUAAAUACUAGGAAAAAAUUAGAUAAAAUUUCACCACAAUUUCCUCUUCGUCAGCAGAUAAGAAACAGACAAUCAAUACCUUUAGGUAUCAUGAUAACUUCUCUUUUGAAUAUUAAUAUAUUAGUUUUUAUAUGUAAAAAAAAAUAUGAUUUAAAAAAUAUUCAUUUUUUAUUAUCUAUUUCACCGCAUAGAGCUAUAUUUAAUAGGGGGGGGGGAGUAGUCAGUUAUUAUUGUUCAGGAUGGAAAAUUGUGUGAUGGUAUGCUUGAAUGGUUGGGAAAUUUUGUCCCUUUUGCCAAGGAUCCAUAAAUUAAUAAAAAUAAAACUGAUGUAACUGUUGGUAUUUUAUUGUAAGGUUUUUUUUUUUUUUUAAUUUUUAUGAAAAAAAACCGUCGGGAAUUUCUAUAUAUAUAUAUAUAUAUAUACAUAUACAUACAAGUACAUUUUUUUUUUUCAAAUGAAGUCCGGAAGGUAUCACCACCGGGCGAAAAAUCUUUCGCAUAUUUUGAAAUGGUGUUAGUGUACGGCGCAAACAAAUCGGAACAUAUUUUUUACUAACCUGAUAAACGUUUUUCGUGGGUGGGUGGGGUGGGAGGAGAAGGAGGAGGGGAAAUCAUAACAACCCGGUACACAUACAACUGAAAACCGACCGGACGGAACGGACCCGGUGUAAUCGGCUCCUUAUUACACUGUCGUCCGACCAAGCGCCACUAUACGCAUAACACGCGCGAUUCUAUUAGUAAUAACCUCGCCGUUGACGUUUCUGCGGCCGUAAGCACGUCAUCGUAAUAUACGCGAGUAAUAAGAUACUUUGGAUACGUUCGGCCGACUGAUUAUUAUUAGUGUCGUUCUUUGCGGUGUGUAUCGAAUGGCAGGCGUCACCACUGCACCGGUGUAACGUAUGUUCGGUAGAGCGAAGCGACUGUGUUCAGGCGUAUUUGAAAUAUGUUUCUACGAUAUUAUUAUUGUGCACACACGCGUCAAUAUGUUAUAAUAAAACGCGGCGGACGUAUAAUAUGAUAUUCGGAACGUAUAUUAUAGCGAAGGAUCUAUUGGUUUUACUGUACAUGAUAUGUGUUAGAUUGUGAGUAAAGCGAAGAAUGCAUUGGUUUUACAAAGAUGUUUUUUUUUUUUAUUUUAUGUGAACACUUUUUCUACCGGAAUGCUUACUCCGAUGAAUACCCUUUUCUAGAAGGAAAUUUUCUUGGGGGUGGUACUUUAAUGAGGUCAAUUUUCGAUAUUUUCAGGAGUUUUCUCAUCAAAUGUGAAAAACCGAAAGAAAAACGGGAAAAUGUAGUAAAUAUAUUAGUAAAAUAUUACGACUUUUUUUUCUGUGGACAGCUUUUCCACCAUUUUGCUCCGAUUUACAAUGGUGCACUUUUUCUGACAGGAAAUCUGACUGGGAAGGUACUUUAGAGAGGUCAUUUUUUGAUAUACCCAAGAGUUUUGUCAGAAAAUGUAGGAAAAACGAGAAAAUUGGUACAAUAUCAAACAAACAUUAUAAACGAAAAUAUAUGAUGUCUAUUUAAUUAUUUUACCUACUGUAAUAUGACAUAUAUAUAUAUAUAUAUAUAUAUAUUGUUGACAAAGCAUAACUAUCAACUAAACUCCGCUCAGAACCGUUUUUUCGUUGGUAAUGGUUUAUCGUAGCUUAUACGAUAUAUCGUAGAUAUACAUUAAAUUCAUUUAAUAUACAUUUUGCAUUUAUAGGGAUUCAUAUUAGUUAUCUCCUGACAUACUUCGUAAUUAACCGCCUAUAAAAUGUGCAUAAAAUACCUGAGUAAAUAUAUACUAUAAGUAACACAAUCGUGCAUGUUUUACUCAAUUGGUAAUGUGAAAUAUUUCAGCCUAAGGUUUUUUUCGUACGUAUAUCGAAAAUUACAGAAAAUACACAACCAUUUAAAGUCGAUUACAAAAUAUAUAAAUGUUUUUUUUUGAUGUUUAGAAAAAAAUGUAAAUUGUUUGAUGUUUGUUAUUAUUUAUUAAUAAUAACGUAUAAAUAACUUAUUAUGUAUGUGUAAUUUAAUUACGAAAAUUGGUUUAAAAUGUGUAUUUUGGUAUUCCUGAUUGCAGAUGUUCGUAAAAAAAAUCUUUAUUUCAAUCGUAAGUCCAUCCGCGGCAAAAAUAUUUCGUGUUAUCUUUUGAAUGAAACACACAGCUGUUGAAAUGAUUAUAAUAUUUAUUAUGUCCAUCACCUUUUCUCGUCGAAAUAAGGCACCUACGUGAAUUUUUAAAUUUUACAUAGGUUAAUGUUUUCGAUUAUAUUAUUUUUAAAGAUAAGCGUUAUUAUAAAAGUCGUAACUUUUAUUUUAUUGCAUUACGUGUUUCGCUUGUCAUAAAUGACGAAAAUAAUAUUACAUAGUAUAUAGUCACUUUUAUUUAUUUUUCCACGUCGUUUAACGAUGAUGAGUAACUGCAUCGAUACAACACCAUCAAAUUCAUAAUAACUAUUCUCGCACAAGUUAAGUCUCACUCGUAACUCUGAUAAUUAGGCCUCGGUACCUACCUAUAUUGCAUUAUCGCAUUAUAUACUCGAGUUGUGUAAUCGCGUUUAAAUAAAAAUACGGUAGUACUUAUUAAAUCCCAUUAUUAACACCGAUAAUACGACGGAUGGUGGCAAUGCUAUUGCAGCUUUCAGUCUUUGAAAAGUGGUCGGUGUUCGUUCGUAUGCGUGAAAAAUAGCAACCGUGCGCGCGCAUAUUUAUAAGUUUAUAGUUGAAGAUCACCGCUAUAUCUUCAUUUCGAGAGUCACCGCUAAAUGAUUUUCUCGGUUUCUGCGAAACCGAUAUUUCCACUCGGCCAAAUAUUCGGUAGGGAUUUCAAAUUUAAUCGUCAAUUAUUUUUGUUACGAAACAUAAUUAGCAUUUAUUGUUUGACAAUAUUUUUGGAAAAAUGUCGGAGUGGAGAGGAGACGUACUUUAUACAGAGUCUAUUUGCAGGAUUUGAUAAUUGCCCAUUGCAACAACGGAAUUUUCAAAUCCUGCAUAACUAGUAUAUAAUAUAGGUAAUAUGCUAUAUAUAUAUAUAUAUAUAUAUAGCAUAAAUGUUGUAAAUCGAUUAAUAUUGUUAUGUUUAUAUUUUUAGAUUCUGAGUGGAGCGAAGAAUGCAUUGGUUUUACGCAUAUGUUUAUUUUUAAAAAUUUUUUUUUUUAUGCAAACACUUUUUUUACCAGAAGGCAUAUUCCGAUUAUCAGAUUAUCAAGUAUAGCACCUUAUCUGAAAGGAAAUUUUCUCUGGUUGGUACUUAGAAAAUGUCAUUUUUUGAAAUUCUCAUUAGUAUUCGAGGUAAUGUGGAAAACCUGGUUCUUUAGGUUAAAAAAGAUUGAAAGAUUAAAAAUAAGGUUGACAUUGGUAACCGUUUAUAUUUAUUUUUAUCAUUAAGUUUUUGUUAUUUUAACUUUUUUUAAACAAUCAUUGUUGUCAUAGAAACGUACAUUAUUGUAAUCUUUUACCAUAAUAUGAUGUAUAUAUUGUUGAUAAAGCAACAUUAUCAACUGGACUACACUCAGAAUCGUUUUUCGUUAGCAAUGGUUUAUUGUUGUUUAAUUAAAUUACCGUCUGUAUCCUACCUUCCCAACUUCCCACCUACUAAAGUGGCUGCACCCACGUGCAAAGUAUGUUCGUCUUUUUUUGUACAUGAAAACCAAUUGUGUGCUAUUAGUUUUAACAUUUUAAAUAAUAACUUACCUAGGUAUACCUAGUGUUAUUUGAGUUCAAUGAUAAUUUAAGAUUAAAUCAUUUACAAAAAUAUAUAAAUUAAUAAUUAUUAUUUUUUUUUCAAAUUCAAAAUCUCUCUUCUUGGCGAAAUCCUAAAUACACUACUGGUGAACAUUAAUCAGUAUGUAUAUGACUAUCGUUUUCAUAAAGCCAGGUUUUCAAUUGUUUUUAACUGACAGUUGGUAGAAUUUAACUGACGUUGCACUUGCUUCGAAAAUCAAGACAGUUUUAAAUAUUUCAUGUCGUGUCUAAAACUUAACGUUCUAUUCGUUUUUGAUUUAACACUAUAGGACUUGGUACUUUGGACUUUUCAAAUAAAACGGAUUGUGUACGAGUUCUUCUUGAACGAUGCGUUAAUUUUAAAAUAUAAAUGAAUUUGAGUAACUAAGUUAAGUUACCUAUUUUCAGGAAAACGAUACCUAAUAAAAGGUUAAACUUAAAGUUAUCUGCGGUUUUAAAAUUUCGUUUAACUACGCUUCUACGUAUUUUACAAUGUAUAUUGUACUUAUUACAAUAUUUAUACUCUUAUUAGUCUAUACUAUACCAGAUUCGUGCGUGUAUCCUAUAGGCUGCAAUGCUAAUGGCUGUCUUGUUACGUAAUAAUGAUAUUCACUUAAAAAUACAUAAUUUUCAUCGAAUAUAAAUGAAACAAAUCUAUUAUAAAAUACACAUGUAUUAUAAAAAUUCCUAAAUAACGAUUAACGUUUUAGAAAUAAUUUAAAUUUUAACAAAAUAACUACUUACAAGGUUAGUUUAAAUUAUUUAUUAGUUUUUUUUUUUUAAAUUUAUUAUUAUUUAUAUAUAUUUCUAAUAUACUAUUUUUAGGCAUAUUAUUUGCUUUUUGUUUGUUCCUUUUUUUUCAUUAGAAAACAUCAUUAUUCGCACCGUGAAAAAUAUCUCGCUUCGUCGCAUUUUUAUAAUAAUAUUUCCUACUAGGUACGUAUAUGUAUGCGGGAUGUCGGAAGACAUUAGAAAACCUUCUCGAAAUGAUGAUUGUAAACUAUUGUCUUAAAAUAUGUCAGCAUAUCACUAUACCGUAAUCAAAUCUUUACACACAGAAUAAUGUUUUCGAUUAGUUUUAGAAUAAUAAUAUAAUGACGACGAUUUUUUAUACAUAUUGAGCGCAGUUACAAUGUAUUUUAUUAUUAUAACUAAAAGUUGUUUGUAUACUCAUUAAUAAAUAUAUAUAUAAUUUUGAACGUGUAGCGCAUAAAAUUGCGACAGACCGUGAUUUUUCAAUGAGUCGACGUGCAUUUAUUAUGUAUCGAAUGAAUGACAAAACGUCGAGCGUGAAAUUUUACAUAAUAUUUUGUUUUCGAAGCAUAUAGGUAGGAACUUUUAAAUUAUAUUAUUAAUGAUAAUUAUUUGUUAUACAGUUGAUGUUUCGAUUACCAUAUGCAGUCUCUCCGGACAACAAAUACAUAGUUACAGUUAUGAGAUGAACAUAAUAUUGUAUACCGGGGGUGACCAAACUUUUUUAGUAGAGAUCUAUUAAGAAUAUAUAUUUUUCCUUUGAGGAUUGACUUUCAUAAAAAAAAAAAAUUAUAAUUAUUAAUUACCUAAUAGACAUUAAUAAUAAACAUAUUACAUGUACAAAUAAUAAAACUGAAAUGUAUAGCUGAAUAAUAUUUUUCAUCACACUUUUAUUAAGACUUUAUUACAAUAUUAUUAACUAAAUAAACCAGCAAUCAAAUUUUCAGUAUGUAUUGUAUUAUUUGAUAAACUAACAACAAAAUGAUGAUCUAUUUAGAUAAAUUGUAUAGGCAAUUGUGAUUUAUCUAUUAUCAUAUCUAAUUGUAUAUAAAAAUAAAUUUUAACACGGAGAGAUCGACAUUGAAAUCGUAUGUGAUCAAUUGUUCAAUCGCAGUCGACCAUUUGGCCGUCCCUGUUUUAUACUAUAUAGGUACACGGCUCCUGUGAGUAUAGCAAAAAUAAUUGUCUAUAAAAACGCGCAUCUAAUAAAUCAAUAAUGUAAAAUACAAAUCGUUUGAAAUCUGUACAGCAACAGUUGUUUACUACUGCUGUUAUUACUGCUGCAAUAAUCAACAUAAUAAUAAUUUAUAUUGUUUUCUUGCAAUUAUUAUUGGCUGCUUUAAACGUCAUAGAAAUGUAUUUAUUUUCUUAACUUAUCCUAUAUACGAAUAGUGGUCGUAUUGUAGGUACUUAAAUUAAUGGGAUUUCAAUAAUUGUUUUAGGUUUUAAACCUUGUGAAACUUUAUUGUAUAAGUCGUUUGUGCAUAUUAUGCGUUUUUAUGGUAAUAUGAUAUAAUAUUCAACUAGGUAUAUAUUAGGUAAUAAUUGGUAUUUUACAUAUUUACCAUGUUGUUUUUUUUUUUUCUUAAAUUAUAUAUUUGACGGUGAAAAUCGUAGUUGAACGUUUAAAGAGAUGGCUACGGUCGUUCACUUGACAUAAUAAAGAUAUUUUAUACUUUUUGGUUUAUCUGAAUAGUUUCUAAAGAAAAAAAUAAGUAUAUGUGUUAUAAAAGUAAAAUUCUGCGUGGGUUUGUGUGGGAAGUUAACGGUAUAAUCCUCGAGUAUAUUAUAUCCACUAUAAUAUUAAUAUUAAUGUAUUAUACAUUAUACGCAUUGCAUGCGUUUAUGAUAUUCGGAAAUCAUUAUGGUUGAUAUUAAUAAAUAUUAUGAUAUAAAAAGUUUUUUUAUAAGAUGAAAUAUAUGGCAAUUAAUGAUGCACGUACGGAUUAUGCCAAAAAACUGGAACGAAAGAGAUUACCUAUUUUUACACUACUGUGUCGGAUUGUUAGAGUAAUAUAAAUCUUUGGAAAUUGUCAAAAAUUAUUCUCCGGUGACUUUUUUACAGUAUCUACUAUAUAUUUAGUAGCUGAUUUUAGGUUUGUUUCGAGACGACGAAGUUUAUGUAUAGAAAACAAAAGUAGAAUUUUUUUUUUUCAAAUAAUUGACCGGGCAGACUGCCAAAAGACAACCGACAACUGCAUCAGUUUAAAAUAUAUAAUUCUUUAGUUUCAGAGAAGUAGGGUUCAAGUCAAUUUUGUAUAAUUUUUAAUACAAACAAAUUCAAUUUUGGAAAUUAAAUAUUUAUAUAUUCAUACGAAGUAUAUAUGACUUAUGCAGACUGCAGAGGUACUGCAGAGGUCUUUCAUGAACCGUAAAAAUUGAUAGACGAAAAAUAAGGUAUAUAACUUAUGCCUUUUUUGUCAAACAAAGAGUAUACAUCACAAUAAUUUAAGAUAUUUUAAUUUUAAAUAUAACAUUUUAUAGAAUAUGUAUAUAUAUAUAACAUACUUAUGCCAUUUAGACAAACAAAUGAAGUCAACAAGUUAUAAAAACAUGUCAAAAAUUGACCCUGCAGACAUUUAAAAUUUGGUAAACGAACUAAUUUCGGUUGUCGAGAGAAACAAUAAUUUGAGUUUUAACCACAAACCUUUUGAACAAGUACAUAAUAAUAUACUAUUAUAUUAUAAUUUAUAAAUUAUAUACGUUUUGAUUUUACCGGGGUAUUAUAAUUUAACAUUUCCGACCAUAUAGUCCGUUAAGUUUAACACGGAUAAUUUAUUUUACAUGUAUAUUUUUUAAAUUAUUAAAUUGUAUAUAUAUAUUAAAUUUAAAUAGUGUUCUUUUGUAUCGUCAUUUGUCUUAACUGAACGGCUGAAAAAAUGAUUAUUAGCUUCAAGGACAUUCCAUUCCAUUGUAAACCGUUGGGAAGCCUAGCGCAAAUAAUGAGAAAGUAUUGAAUGACUGACCGAUAUAUAACAUUGACGCGUUAACAAGUAUCCAUUCGUCUAUAGGAAGAAAGUUGUACGAAAUGUUAAUUGUUUAGUCGAGAAAAAUAAUUACCUAUUAUGAAAAAUUAUACUGCAUAUUAAAAAUAUCAUUUACAUUUUUAUUUUUAUUUACUUUUCAUGGCUAUUAUGGAUAUAGUAAAAUAUGUUUUUCAAAAUUAAGAAAAAUGUAUUCAGCUUGUUUGUUAUUUAUACAAAUCUACAGUUUUAUGCCAAAAUUAUGAAACUUCUUACACGUUUUAUAUUUGAACUUGGAGGUAUUUUUUUUAUUUCUAAGUUACUUUUGGAUCGACACUGUAGUUAUGUCUAACAUAAUUCGAAUAGACCAUUUUUUAUGUUUUUUGUUGGGUUUCCUAAGUUCCCUUAGCUAAUUUGGCAAACCAAAAAAAAAAAAAAAAGUUUAAUAAUCGAGCGGACGAUGAUUGCAGUCAUUGGUAGUUGUAUGGGGUACGGGGGGCGAUGAAUAACUCGUGUAUGUGUUUAAAAUUUAUUCUUUUAAUAUUUACCAAUAGUCAUCAAUAUUGCAGACGUAUAUAUUUUAUAUAUAAAGUGAUAAACCGUAUUUAUACUACAUCAAAUUUUUUCUUAUGUUUUGAGAUAAUAGAUAAUUUAUAAAUUGGUCUAUAGUUAAUAACAUUACUUUUAUCGUCACUUUUAUAAAUAGGAACUAUAUACGAUUUUUUCGGAAAUAUAUUGGAAAGGAGCCCGUUGAUAAAGAUAAAUUAAACAAUUUAAGCAGAGAUUUGGUAAUGGCAUUUUUGCAUUUCUUUAAGAUAAUGGGUGACACACUAUCAGGACCUAGGCAUAUGUAGGACGUUGAGUAUAUGUAAAGCAUUGUAAAUUUCAUCUUCACUAAUAUUCCAUGAAGAUAGAUUUAAGUUAGAAUUUAUGUUUAGAGCGUCAUAAUUUGUAAUCAUAUUAGCAUUUGGGGUAGAAGGUGAGUAUACACUGGAAAAAUAAUUGAUCGGACUCAUCGAAACUACUGGCAUUAAUAUUAUUAUACAUGUUUUCAAGAAUAGGAGAUUUAUUAGAUUUAAGCUGUUUAAUGCACUGUCAAAAUGGUUUGAUAUUAGUUGAAACUAACAGUUAGAGUUAUAGUAACUAUUGUUUCUUCAGUAUCGCGUAUAUGGCGCUCAGCAAAGCAACACUUAUUGGUGGGGAUAUUAUUUUCAUUUACCGGCAUAAUGUCGUAGUUGGUGUCAUAAUAAUAAUAAUUUACUCGUAUGAUUAAAUUAAACACACUUGUACGUGUGUUCGUUUUGUUUUCACCUUCUUUGGUUUUUUUUUUUGUGUAUUGCUAGGUAUACUUGUUUUAAUUUAUUUGCAUGUGGUGUAUAAUAUGGUGUAAAAUAAUAUUAUAAUUUAUAUGAAAUUCGAGUCACCGAAACUAUUUCGGCGCUUAUAUUAUAUUAUGAAAUAUAUGAUCUGUGAGUAUUUUUUUUUUUUUUUGUUUACGACGCGUAGAAUUUUAUAAUAUAUUAUAACAAAAUAAUUAUACUGUCUUGAAAAAUUUCACUUUUUUUCUGUGGACAACUUUUCUACCUGCAAUUUCGCUCUGAUUUAUAAUGAUAGUACUUUUUCUAAAAGAAAAUUUGACUGGAGAGGUAAUUUAGGGAUGUCGAAAACCGGAAAAAAUGAAAAAUUUACAAAAUGUAUUAUUUUAAAAUCGUUAAUAUUAAGGCUUUUUAAAACAUAUAACCGAACUCCGCUCAGAAUCGUUUUUCGUUAGCAACUAUUAAUCUUUACGUACAGAUAUAUAUUAAAUUUCCCCUCUACAUUCCCAACUUCUGAUCUACAACAGCCUGUUGUAUGAAUGAACCUCUGUUGUCAAUAGGGUCCCAUUCAUCGUGCGAAGUAUGUCCAUUUGUUUUAAAAUUUACCUUCUUCAAACGAUCAGUUUUGGCUUGAGUUCAGACAACCACGAUUGUUAUAAUACUUGCAGGUAUUAUAUGCAUAUAUAAUACCAUGGUUCCCAUUAAAAAUAUUUUGAAUUAGGACACUUCGACGUCAUGAUUACACACGAGGUGUAUUUAUCAAGUGUCAACAAUCUGCUUACCAGUUAAACGAAAAAUCCAACCUGUUGGUUUUUAGUCGCUAAUUCAGUAAUGUUUUAUUGUUUUAAUGUUUCUUUCUUUCGGUUAAUUAUGGUUUCUUUUUCUUUAUAAGUGUAUUAUUAUCUAUUUUGUAUUUUUUAAAUUUUAUUUAUAAAAUAACUGUAUUAUAUUAUCAAAAUUAAUGGCUUAUAAGGGGGCAAUAGAAGCUCGCAGUAAACUGAUUGGUUUGAUAUAGAUAUAUUUUAAAAAUUUAACCAAAAAAAUGGUAUUUUUUCACUCUAGAUAACCUUUACAAUUAUAGGGAAAAAUUCGUAUAAAUAUGUUGAUAACCCUCAUUAGUCAUUGCAUUGGUUGGACAGGGAGUGCGGGUUAUUUUUACUUCGAUUAACUUCAGUGCCGUCAUCAGAUAGUACUUUUAAAAUAUAGUUACGUGCCACCAAAAAGCACUCAUAUAUUUAAUAAUACAUAAGAAUAUAAUAAAACUUUAAUAAAAAAACCUGCCCUGGGAUAAUGGGGACGGGCGUAUCUACUGUUGAAGAUGGGAACUUGGGAAUGUGGAAUAAAGACGAUUCCACAAUGAUUAAAAAAAAACAGAUCGAAAUCGAAUUCACUUAAAAUCCUCCGAGAAAAUUGCUGGUUCAUAUAGACGGUUAGGCUUAUAUUUAAACUUCGUUUAAAAAUCGAUGUUUAUAUUGAUGAGAACGGCCCUGAAUGGAAAUUAUCGAAUUAUCGGUUUAUCUAUAAGCAAAAAAAAAAAAUUACCCGGUAUAAUGUAUAUAUAUAAAAACUUAAUAGGUACUGAAAUAAUAAUAUAUAAUAUUUUUCAUUACAUAAAUUUUUAAUAAUUUUUUAAAUAAUAAGUAAGUUAUCUAUAUGAAUAAAAAUGAAUCGCUCAAAACGUUGGUAAGCGCAUAACUUGAGAAUGACUGAACCGAUUUGGCUGUUUUAUUUUUUUUAAAUAUUCGUUUUUUUAUGAAAAGAAAAAUUAGAUGAAUAGCUCAGAAAACUAAAAUAAAAACAUUUUUACUUUUUUUCAAACAUAGAUUGUAAACAGGAAACCAUGGAAACAAAACUGUUUUUCUUUUAUUGAAAAAAAAAAAUGGUCUAUCUAAAGCAAAAUUUUUCAGAUUUGGUCGCAAGAAAAAAAUACAGAAUCUAUGUAAGAUUUUAGAUUAUUUCAGAUUCGUUUCAGUAUAGUAUAUAAAUUUGAAAUUGUAACGUAAUGUAAAUCUUUGUAACGGCUAAUAUCAAAAAUUACUGAAUUAAUAGUUACGUGGUUUUUUGCAAAUUAAUCCGCGUUGUCUGGAGAAAGUUUAUAGCUAUUGAAAUCCAUCUCCUAUUGAAAAUCAUCCCCCAAAAUUCGGUUUUUAGGUAUUAUAAAAUUAUUUAUUUUUAUAAAUAACCGUAGUAACACGGAUGAGAUGAAAAAAAAAUUAAAAGGUUGGUUAAAACGUAUCUAUAGUACGUAUCUGUAGUAAUUAAUAUAAAAACAAAUAAUUAUAAAGAUCUUAGUGUCACUGGACAUUCCCUUCCCUCAAGUGUUCAUGUCUAGUAACUAUCAACACAUUUACUUAUUAUAUUAACUUGUAUAUAGAUUGUAAAUUUUCUUAAAUAAAAAAAAAAAAAACAAAAAAAAAAAGAUAUAUGUGCCAUAUUAUUUAAUAACAUUUUUUGUUAUAAACUGUCUUCGUGUAAUUAUUUAAUACAAUUUUAAUUUUUGAAACAAAUAAUACGUAAAUAAUAAAUAAUUCUAGUGCUGUUACUCGCGUGUAGAGGGAUUCACUCACGCGACUCGACUACAUACCAGAUUUUCUGCCAGUUUUUCACUUAUAUUCUUUCCAAUAGCUAUUUCUCUAACAAAAUGCCCAAAAGGAAAUCCAAUAUUGGCCACUCAACGCGAGGUGCAAAAAAAUUAGCGAUUAGGGAGAGGCGAUUAGCUAUAAUACGGUACACGCGCGCGCUUUUCCGCUGUCGAGCUCCCCCACUCCCUGAUAGUUUAGUUAAGGCUUCACUUCCUUUAAAAUUCACCAAUCUCUCUCCCCCCCCCAGAAAAACAAAAUUUGGGGUUUCGAUACUUUUCGUAUGAAGAUCAUGAACAAAUGUUAUAACAAAACACUUUUAGUCCGUUUACUACCUAUUUUUACCUAUUUGUUUUUAUUCAUUACUAACACGGUCAAAACCAAAUGGGUAACUCCGGGUGUUAAGUCACUAAUAUAUUAAGUCACUAGGCCAUCUGGAAAAUUUCCAUUUCUUGACUGUAAUUGUGGUGUAAUUUAAUGUUAAAAAUUAUUACUUUACCCAUAUAAUUAAUAAUUCCAAUACGAUAUUAUAUAGUUUUUUUUUUUUGUUACGAACGAUUUGUUUUUUUUAUUAUAAUAUAGACUAUUAUGCGGGAUUUUGUUUACAUAUAUGUAAGUGUACUUAUUUAUAAUGAACACAAAACUGAAUAUAAUUAAAAAAGAUACGUAGGUACAGACCGUUAUAACCUAGAGUUCGUCUUGAAAAUGAAAAAUUAUAUUUUAAAAAAAACCCCAAUGUAGGUAAUAACGUCGAGGUAAUGUUUUUCCCUUUAGCUGUAGGGUGUAUAUAUAUAUUAUAUACAUUUUAUAGCUACAGGCAAACGUAGGUAAAGUAUAAUAAUUUAAUAUUAACCGGUAUAAGGGCUCAUAAUUUUGGAACUUUGUAAGAACCUAUAUAUAUAUAUAAGAAAACCAAUUUUGUUGUAGUUUAUACGCGUGCGAUAAAUAGAGGAGAAAAUACAAUAUUUUACUGUUGCACAUUUUCCUAAUUCAAUUUUUAUAGUUCCAUCAUUUUAUGAUGAUGAUAUAAUAAGAAGGUAGGUAGGUAGGUAGGUAGGUAAGAAGUUGGUAUCUCUAUUCCAAUAUUUAUGGUGUUUUAUUCGACGAGCAUAAGUGUAGUUAGUAUACCUGAACCUAGAGGCAGAUUCGGAGUAGUAUAACGGGGGCGAUUUUAAAAAUCCAUAUAAGGCUUACAUUUAUGAUGAAAAUCAAGUGAAGAGUAUAUUGGGGCAAUCGUUUCCCUUUUAUAAUAAAUAAAAUAAGAAGGGAGGAGGGGAGUAUCAUGUGAUUAAAUACUUACCCUCGCUGAUCACUUAGAUUAAUUAUUACCUUCUACGAGAAUAGGAAAAGUGUUAGGUAUAAUUAUGUAAUAAAGUUCUUAUGUCUCCUUCUCGAAACUUUCUCAGUAGCUAUGUUGAUUUAAAACACGAGUAUAUUUAAAAUUGUUGAGGUUAAUUUGAAUAUGAAAAGUAAUAUAUAGAAUUAACACUAUUCUGUUGAGUAAUCAUAUUGAUUUUCUUGAUGUGGAGCAAGACACACACGGGGAGUGCAACGUAUUUUAGUAACAAGGAAAAGGCACUCAGACCUAGGAGUUAGUCCGGGAAAUACAUGUAUGUAGGCAGAUAGUAGGAGUGUAAUGAUAAUCUGGCCAGUCAAUAUUAUAUAUUUGAUAACGUAUAUUAUUAAUUAUUACAUCAUAUGAAAUUUAAAUGUUAAAUCUAACGACUUAUAAAUAUUUAAUCAUAAUUAAUGCUAUGCAAUUCACUGCAAAUAUAUACCUAAGAUUUUAAUAUAAUUUAGAUGAGUAAUAUUAAAAUGUAUGAUAUAUGCAAAAUCGUAUUUAAUAUUAUAGAUCAAAUCUGUUUUAGAUUCUAGAUGGAGCGAGGAAUGUAUUGGUUUUUCAAUGAUGUUUAUUAUUUUUAUUUUUUUCCGUGGACAACUUGUCUACCAGCGAGUUUUCUUCAAUUUACAAUGACAGAAUUUUUUCUGAAUGAAAAUCUGACUGGGAUAGAACUUUAAGGAAGUCAUUUUUUGAAUUUUUAUGAGUUUUCCUAAUAAAUGGGAAAAACAGGAAAAUUGGUACAAUAUUAAACAAAUAUUAUUAAAGAAAAUAUAUAAUGCAUGUGUGAUUAUUUUAACAUAAUAUGACAUACAUAUUGUUGACAAAGCAACACAAUUAACCGAACUCCACUUAGAAUAGUUUUUCGUUAGCAAUGGUUAAUUGUUGUAUUGAUUAAUGGUUAAUUGAUGUAUAUUAAAUUUCCCUUUUACCUUCCCAACUUCUCAUCUACAAUAGUGGUCCAUCCACGUGUAAAGUAUGUCCGUAUUUUUUUUUGUUACACCUUCAUAAUGGAAUAAUAGUAUACAGUUCUGCAAACUUUUUUUAUAAUAUAUUUGUAUUUUUCUUAUAUUUACCUAUGUAUAUAUAAAAUAGCAUGUCAUAACUGACUAAUUCAUCAUCGCCUAGCCCAAACCACUGGAUGGAUCUGGCUGAAAUUUGGCACACAGAUAGCUAUUAUGACAUGGGCAUCCGCUAAUAAAUGAUUUUGAAAAUUCAACCCCUAACGGUAUAAAGUAGGGGUUUUUAGGUAUAUUUGGUACGAAUAUCUUAUUGAUUAUUUAUAUUGUUCAUUCAAGAGUUACCUUGGUGUUACGGAAAACAAAAUUAUUAUAAUUAUUAUUAUUACUAUUAUUUACAUUAUUAAAAUUUCAUAAUAGAACAUAUUUAGUCCGCUGAAGGUGGACUACCCACUUUCCACCUAUUUGUUUUCAUUCAAUUCUGACACGGCCAAAACCAAAAAUGAAUAUGGGUAAAAUGAUAAUAGUAAAAAUUGGCACGGGCUACGUUGGGAGCGGGACAGCUAGUAUUAUAUAUAUAUAUAUAUAUAAACAAAAUAAACAAAUAGGAUUUUAAAUCGUGGAGAAAAAAAAUUAAAAAAAAAAAAAAAAUCUUAGGUAAUGUUGUGUGAAUUAAACAAAGAAAUAAAAAAAGGAUGGAUAUACUUCGUACGUGGGUGCAGCCACUGUUGUAGGUGGGAAGUUGGAAAUGUAGGAUACAGAAAAUAAUUUAAUGUAUAUCUGUGAGCAAUGAUAAACCAAUGCCAACGAAAAAAUAAUUCUGAGCGAAAUUCAAUUGAUAGUGUUGCUUUGCCUAUUAUAUAGAACAUGUCACAUAGUAAAAUGAUUACUGCAAUGUUCGUUUCCAUGACAACAAUGCUUGUUUAAAAAAGAUUAAUAUAAUAAAAACUUAAUAAUAAUAACAAAAAAAUAAAUAAAAACGGUUACCAAUAACAACCUUAGUUUAGAUUCUGAGUGGAGCGAAGAACCUUAUAGUUCUACAAAGAUGUUUAUCUUAUUUUUUUUUACUGUGCGCAACUUUUUUACCAGAAGAAUUGCUCGGAUUUCCACGUGUAGCACCGUUUCUGAAAGUAAAAUAAAUCAGCAAGGGGAAGUUCCUUACAGAGGUCAUUUUUCGAUUUUCCCAAGGUUUUUCCUAGCAAAUGUGAAAAACCGGGAUAAAAUAUGGGAAAAUCUAGCAAAACGUAGGGAAACUAGGAAAAUCGGUUCAAAAUUAACCAAAUAUUAUUAAAGAAAAUAAAUAAAGCCUUUUUAAUUAUUUUACUAUAAAAUUACAUAUUUAUUGUAAACCAUCACUAUCAACUGAAAUCUUCUCAAAAUCGUUUUUUCGUAUGCAAUGGUUUAUUGUUGCUUACAGGUUGAUACAUUAAACUAUCUAUGACAGUGUCUGCAUCCAUUUUCAUUAUCCUUGGACGUAUUUUUAAUUUUCCAAUUUUUUCUAGCUUAAAGAAUCAGGUUUUCCUCAUUAUCUCGAAUAAUAAUGAGAAUUUAUGAGAAUUUCACAAAAUGACCUAUCUUAAGUACCAUCUAGAGAUUAUUCACUUUCAGAAAAUGUGUUAUACUUGAUAAUCGGAGUAAGGUUUCUGAUAGAAAGUCUUCACAUAAAAAAUAAUAAUAAUAAACAUCAUGGUAAAAUCAAUAUAUUCCUCGCUCUACUCAAAAUCUAAAACAUAGAAUGAAAAAAAUAAAAUGUGAAUGAAUAUAUUAAAAAUUGGAAGUUCAUAUGCUUGUGCUGUGGUGGAUACGCGUUUACAAAUUGGUAUUCUUCGUCUGACAGGAUGUAAAGACGGAGAGAGAGUUUGACUUGUAUAGUUUUUCUUAGAGCAGUCGGUAUCAUUUCGUAUCUGUUAGCGUUGUUCACUCUUGUGGGUACACGAGGUAUUAUUGUAAUGCGUUUAUUAUACCUGGAGAAUAUCUUCUUUAAUACGACCCGAAUAAUGUCAUUGGUUUUAAUUUUUGAGGCGGAUUUAUUUUGUGUGAUUUUGGAGUCAAUACAGACAGUCCACCGUUUUGUUUCGCUUGCAAAUGCGGUUGGUAUGUAUUCAUUGAAGUCUAUUUGUGUACUAAAGUUUUGGGGUAUGUGGUUCUUUGGUGUCAUCAAGUAUGUUAUCGUAUUCGUAUAUAUCAUUACAUCAUUACACCUGUAUCUACCACAUCUUUAACCUUCAAGGCUAAGAACUAUUUAUAAGUACAUCAAUUAUUACUUACAUCAAAUAAUAAACAAUAUUAACUGUACCGCACUGCUUUUUCCGUGCACAGUAUUGAAUUAAAAAAAAAAAAUAUUGAAACGUGUCUCCGUAUCUCUUGCUUAGCGGUAUUCAUAAUGCGUCAUAAUAGAUUACACUAAUUGAAAGCCUUUAAAAAUGUCGUUGCAAAAUAUAUUUUUAUUAACAGCAAUGAACUAUGAUUGAUUAGGUAAUGCAAUUAUGACAAAAGUAAUCGGACGAGGUGAAUUACGCGGGUCUAUACUAUAUAUCUAUACUGUUCUACUAGUAUUAAUAAUACUUAAAAGGGAUAACACAAACUUCUUAAAAAAUAUUAUUUUAAAUAUUGUGCUGUUCAGUGUGCACGGGCAAGCAACACAUAAAAUCGAGUAAAAAUAUAGUAUAUUUUAAUAUAUUAUGGUCACCAAGGUAAUCAAUAAAUCAACAAAAAAAUAUUAUAAUUUUGUUCCAAAAAUACCAAAAUCCCGUGUGAUUCAACGGUGUUGAAUUUUUUUUUUAAAGUAGUCUGUGUCCUUUCUUAGAGUUCAAACUAUCUCCAUAACAAAUUUCUUCAGAAUCAGUUCAGUCGUUUAGAUAGUUAUUUUCGCAUUUUUAGGUAAUAUUAGUAAGCAUAUCAAACACAUAAAUAUUAUGUCUACAUUUUUUUUUUUUUUUUUUAAUACCCACCCAUAUUAUGCUAUUUUUUUGAAUAUUUGACAAUGAAAAAAUUGAAAAAAUACCUUUAUUUUUUUACCAACAACAAUAUAAUAUCUUGUUUCGACUAAGUGAUCUGCAACGUGGUGUGAACUUUUUUCUUUUUUUGUAAUUUUUCGAUAGAAGUAGGUAUAGGACACCUAAAUGUUAUACUUUAUUGUUUAUAGAUUACUAGACUUUUGUGUUGCAAUCAAUAUAGGUAUUUUCCCAAUUAUCUUUCGGAUUUCAUGAUUUUCAUAUUCUGUUUGGGUGAGAAUGUGAAAUGUAUUUAUUUUUUAAUAAGUACAGGCCGGUAGCCCAAUGGUUAUAUUACAAGUAAACAAUAUAUGAAUGUUAGCAUAAUCUAUAGACAAUAAUACAAUAAUAUAUAAUAAUUAUUAAGAAUAAAAAACAAUAAUAAUUAAUAAUGAACAAAACAGAAAUCGACUGUGAAUUCGAGUAUUCGAGGAUUAAAACUUGCAAAUUUGGUGACGGGUUGUUAGACGGCAAAAAACUUAUCAGCUCGGAAAAUUUCGUGUGCGAGACGGUGGUAACUCUAGUACCCACUAUAAAUAAUAAGCCUAUCUGAUCGGCCUAUUGUACAAGUGACCAGUAUUAACAGAUAGGCCCAAUUGGAUAAUGAGCACGGUAGGUCAAAAUCGCUCAAUUCUGUACUGGGUGAAUGUGGGUAAUUGAUAUAAUAUGUGCCUUGCAAACACCACAUGGUAUUAGGGUGGCAAAUAUAUAUAUACUCGAAUUACCUAUCGUGAAAAGCAAUACCUACAUGCGUAUACGGUUAAAUCAUAAUUUUUUUAUAUACUCGAAUUACCUAUCGUGAAAAGCAAUACCUACAUGCGUAUACGGUUAAAUCAUAAUUUUUUUUUCUAAAGUUUUAACCCGCCGCCUAUAAUUCGUAGGCGGCGCGGUGGUUUCCCGUUGUGACGUCAUUUACCAACGACCAAUAAAGGAAAUCGAUCUUUUCGUAGGUAUCCUACUAUCCUCAGUUGCUGCUGAACGUACCUUUCGACGCAUACCGAACGGUGCGCGCCACCGGCGCAGCGCUGCUGCAUCUUAACCAUAAUAAUAUUAUUAUACACUUUUAUACCCGAUUUCAGAUCAUAACGUGCGCACGAUUAUCGCGCGCACCCGUCUUCGGCGACGGAGUUCGCGGCACGACCGCUGAGUAGCAGCACUGGGCAGGCGGACACCGGAAUCUAGUACACGAUCGGCGGCGGGGAUGCCGUAUACGAUCGCUAAUUAUGUUUCACUCUUCCCGCUGGAGGACAGAUCGUAUGCCAUCCUCCUUAUCCUCAUACUCGUCACGGUCGUGUAUUGGACGGUGUCGAACGACAUCCUUCCUAGAGAUCUUCGCUGGCGCUGGAUGCUGGAUCAGUGGGCGUGCGUGUAUGUUCUAUUAACUCACCCGUGCUGCGUGUGUGUGGUGUGCAUGGCAUGGUUGUUCCUCUGUGUAUGCUUGUACGUCAGUGUGUGUAUGUGAGUCAGUCGAUGUGAGUUGGUGUUUGUGUAUGCUCGUGCGUGUGUGCCUGUGCGCGCGGUGUUUUUUUUUUUCUUUACUGUGACUGCCACGGUGCGCGCGAUGUGUACGUGCGAAUUAAUCCGUUCCAAUUACGGUGAUAUUAUUUUGUAAAUCGGCGGACCGUCAACGUCCACGCCGUUUCGUGUCGUCUCCGUUUCGAAAAGGUAAGUGCACACAUCAUUAAGACGCUGUUAGUUUGAUUUCCGUUAAGUCGUACCGCCUAGUAGUCCGGUAAUAAGGCGUACAAAACGUGUACGACCGUACCUACGUGCGUUAGGUAGGUAGGUGCCGAUCGCGGUAACGCUACUGUAUUUAUUGUAGUAGGUGGCCCGUCGUCGGUCCAACACCUGUGCGGCCGUCGACCGUUCGAUAGUAAUAAUUAUAACGAUAGUGACUCGGUCAGAGUGUUUGGGAGAUAUUGUCCCUCGACCACGGUCACCGCCGUGUACACAUAUCCAUAACAGGAAUAAUAGGAUAGAUAACUGUGCAAGGCCGCAGCCGCUGCCGAGCCCGUCGCCAAUGUCAACACCGACACACACACGCCACUUAUAACCGCUUACUCUUUUCUCCCAAGAAGUGUUUUAGCGGUGCCCUCCUUAUGUGUACCACCACGUAUGUCGUUGACUGCGAACAUCUGUCCGUGUCGUUAUCAGUAUCGUCGAUUGUUAUUCGAACGAACGCUGCCUACCUACUUACGGUUAGUGUUUUGAUGCAAUGCAUUACAAUUGGGUUGUUUAUUGUGCGUUUUGAUCUGUCUUUUUUGUGAAAUGUUCUUUGAGAAAACAAAAAAAAAAAAUUAUGACAUUUUAAAUGUUUUCCAUAAAAAAAAUGUAGUGUAUUUUUUUUUAAUAUUAAAAUUGUAAUUUUUUGAUAGGUAUUCAUCGUCUACUACAAUGCUACUAAUUUCACAUUUGAUGAAUUGUUACGGUAUUUGCGUUUACUAUGGAAUUCAAGUAUAGAACUAGUAUUACCACUUGCCUUUUAUAAAUAUAGGUAGGUAAUUGCAUUCUAUAAAAUACUACUCAGGAGCGGUAAUUAUUUAUUUAUUGUUGUAUCUCCAGUGCCCAUAUCUGUACCUAUAUGUAUCAAGUAUGCAUAUAGCUUUAAUGAAAUGUUUAAAUAUUUAUUUACGUUGAUACUCCCACUGUGUGGUAUCUAACUUAUUAUUAAUUGACAAAUUUAAUAUUUUAAUUGUCCAAUGCUAUCAACUUUAUUAAAUUUUUAACGAGAACCUCGAUCAGAACUAUGCAAAUUGUGUAACACAAAUGCAUUUUAUAAAACUAGUUACCUAACUAGGUAGGUUACCUAUUUUUUUGAACAUGCCCGCAAUCCAUAUAAGUAUUAGUUUAAACUUAAAAAUUCAUUUUAUCUAUUACUAACAUGAAUAAAGGUUAAAAAAAUAGGCCAACUAUUUAUUAACCUGGUUAUGAUUAGACAAAUUAAUUCUAUUUAAAAUUAUGAUCUGGUGGUUCAAUACAUUUUUAAGUUCUAUAUUCAGAUAUAUACCUUUUUAUAAAAGUACCUAAUGUAUAUUUUACAACUAUUUAGGUAGCAAGUCAAGAUUUUUUACUUGCAAAUGAAGAAUUGUACUUUUUCCUAUAAAUUUUAUAGGUAUUUAAUGUAUUUUUUUUAUAGAUUCACAUUUCAUACGCAUGAACAUUUUGUAUUCCGACAAUUGUUUUUCUUUACAUUUAAAUUCGAAAAGUACUUAUUAUUAUAAAUGCCUUAUUGUAUAAACCUAUUUAGAAAUAAUUGUUUUUUUUUUUUUACAUUUUGUGUGAAAAUACAUUAUUAGUGUUCAUCUUAGUAUACAUUUAUUUUGUUUAAAAAUAAUGAAUUAUAUAAGUCUAACUACAUUUAAUUGAUGUUUAUAACACUAUUAAUAAAUUAAAUUAAAAUUACAUAAAUCAGAAAAACUUGAAAGUAUUAAAAAAUGAAUGAGUGAUUUUUUUACAUAUCAUAUUCUUAAUGUAGGUAACAUGUAGUAAAUCUCCACCAAAAUCAAUAAAUUACAAUUGUGCAAUUAUACGUCAACAUUGAACAUCUUUUUAUUAAACUCAGAUUUAAAUUGAUCAAUAGUUUUAAGUUUUAAGGAUUCAAAAACUAAGAAUAAUUAUCAAAAUCCUGUAAGAUAAUAUAGAAUUUAAUGUGCGAAAAGUAUUGUAGGGUACUCACUAUUGAUCCAAGUGUGACCUAGCAGGUCAUGUGAUUCAUCUGUAAUUUAUAUUUUGAUCUAUUAGACAUUUUAUAGGCAUAAGUGUCAUAAUAAAUACUAGUAUUUAUUUUUAAAUUAUUUUUAUUAGAUAGGUACCUAAAUAUAUUAUCAAAAGAAAAAUUUUGAAAAAUGUGUGUUUAAAACACAGAUAAGAUACCUAUUUAAAAAAAGAAAUUGUGAUUACUUUAGUAUGUGAACAUGUUACUGUAAAUACCUAUUCACUACAUUUUAAUAUUAUUUCAUUAUAUUUUGUUAAAGUUAAUAAAUAUAUUUUUUUUUGACCCUAUGCAUUAAUACCAAGUAAAUUAAAUGUUUUUUUUUAUAUAUAUGAUUAUAUGAUGAUGAUGAUAUUAUAUAUGAUGUCAUAUUAACAUAUAUUAUCAUGUCGGCUAAUAAAGUUUCAUGCAUUUUAAUUUUUCGAUUUUCUCAACAUGGUCCAAUCAAUGUAUACAAACAUAAUUUAAUGUCCUCAGAGAAAUGAAUGACCUACCUAUAUAGAAUUACACAGUUAUUUAGAAUUCCUUGAUAUUUGACUAGGUAUAUCUCUACCAGAUAUAUAAUGUGGUGGUAUGACAUUUAUGUACAUAUUGUUGUUUUUUUUUUCUGAAGAUAAUAAUGAGACACAAUUCAAGUGAUUCUAUAAAAAUACUUAAUAGUGUUAUCUAGGUAGUACAGGUAUUACUGUAAUAAAUUAUUGUUUUGCCACAAUAUAAAUUUGUGGCCUGACAUAUCAUGUAAAAUUAUGUAAUUAUAUUGUGUAUUUAGUUGAGUAGGUACCUACCUAUUUAGUUUGAAUGAUAUUAACAAUAAUUAGUAAUUAAAAGAUAUAAAGUGAUUUAGUAUUUAAUUUUACAUUAUUUACCUAGUUUUAAUUUUUUUUAAUAAUUUAUCAUAUGUAUACAAUAAAUUAGGCACCUAUCUACUUAACAGUUUAUUUCGGAGGUAACAUAAUUAUAUUGCACUGCCCUUAAAAAUAAAUAUUAAUUUGAGGUAAUAUACUUUUUUAAUUAUAUUUAUAACAUGAGUAUGGACAACCCAAUAUAAAAAAAAAAAACAAAAUAAUAGUAAAUCAUCUCUUAUAUUAAAAGUGUAAAUUUGCCUCCCCUACGUCUAUACAGUUUUUAAAUCUCUCGAUAUAAAUUAUUUUUGAAUACCUAAUUAUAUAGUUUAGGUUUUUGUAAAAUUUGCUGUAUAUUAUAUAGUACCAUCGAAAGAUUCCAGAACACUAUAAUUUUCCCAACAAUUACCAAGAUUUUCUACCUUAUUUUCUAUGCGUUUACCAAACAUGCGUACACUGAUUUCCGUUAGUGAUUUACUUACCUUCUGGUAAAUAACUUAGGCAGGGAGUAGUCAAUAUUGUUAAUUUUUCAAGAUAUUUAAAAAAUUCGAUUUUAUAUCCGUUUAAAACCAACAUUGGGAUUUUAUCAUGUUUUUUUAUCUUUUUGUUUUUGUUAAACGUUGCGGAUGAAAUAAUAAUUAAUUUUUAGUCCAGUGUGGUUGAUCGUAAUUUAUCUAUAUUUUUACUGCACAAAGAAAAUGAUAAAAUGUAGCGGCGAAUUAUAAUAAUAAUAAUAAUAAUAAUAAAAAAUCAAAUCAAUGCGCGGCAAAUUAAAUUCAAAUGGACUUAUCGUGUGCAAUCGAGUAUUGAUUAAGUAGUUCUGAGAAGCUGAGUCAUCUAUUCUGUACAUAUACCUAUAUUAUUGUUAUUUAUGACGAUAAUUGUGAGCAGACGUGUAUUUAUCGUGCCCUUUCUCCCGCUCUUAUUUCCUCUUGAAAUCGUUCAAAGCACAUUGUCGUCAACGACGGAUUUUCGCCAAAUUUGGCCACCGUCACUUUUCAACAUAAUUACACGGCAGUUCCUUUCAAACAUUUUUUUUUUUUUUUUACCUAUCGAGCGUAAUACUCGAGUGCAUUAUACCCGCUUUUUACGUUUCGGACUACAUUCGUCGUUGAAAUCGUGAUUGUUAAUAAUUUAUUAUCAUCUAAGUAGGUAUUUUUUUUAUUUUAUUUUUUUUUUUUAAUUGUACACGUGUGGGAAUUCACCAACAUUUUCGCGUCGGAAUCUCUGCGAAUACAAGAGACAAGAUUGUUGGCACUUGUAAUAUUUUCACACUCUCGUUUCGUUAAAUUUUGAAUUUUUCCACUUGGGUGUAUAAUAAAAAAAAAUAAAAAUAAAAUAAAUUAUACAGAUGUAUUAAUGCAGCGUUUGAUAAUAUCCUCUACACGUAGUCGGAUGCAAUUCUGCGGAUACACCCUGUUAUAAAAAAAAACUCGCAAAAACCACGGCUUAAAAAUUAUUUCCUAGUUUAACGCAUUCAGUUUAAUUAGUAUAGGUACAUAAAAUAAUUCACUUUAAUAUUUGCAUUAGAUAUCUACUGUAUAAUAUUUUAUAUCAUACGAUAGUUUUUUAAUCGAUCGAAUCUACGUCAAUUUGUUUUUUGUUCACAUUUUAUAUUCCCUGAUAAGCACGUGCGUUCUAGUAUUUAUACUAUUAUUAAUCAAAUUAACUAUAUUUUUUUCUUAUUGAAAUAUCACAUUGUUACACAAUAAUACGAAUAUUAAUCACAAUUAUUGGUUUAACGGAUUGUUUGUUUUUAUCAUCUUGUUGUUUUUUUUUAGUUUAAUGCACGAAACUUGUGAAAUACAUCAUUAUAAAUGACUCAUUAAACUAUUAGGCUAUAGUUAUAAGUUAUAAGUUACACUGACAAAAAAAAUUAUUGUUUUACGACGAAACAUUGUGGAUGAAUAGAAAUUUACUCGAUUCGUCGGACCAAAUUUAAAUAAAAUAAUUCGUUUAUUCCGAGUUUAGCGAAGAAUGUAUUGGUUUUACAAAGAUGUUUUUUUUUUUUUUAUAUAUAAACACUUUCUACCAGUAAGCUUACUCCGAUUAUCAAGUAAAGCACAUUUUCUGAAAGGAAAUGUUCUCUUGGUGGUACUUUAGAGAGAUCAUUUUUUGAAAUUCUCGCGUUAAUAUUCGAGAUAAUGAGAAAAAUCUGAUACUUUAGGUUAAAAAAGAUUGAAAGAUUAAAAACAAUUUAGUUGUUAUUGGCAACCGUUUUUAUUUAUUUUUUGUUAUUAAGUUUUUAUUAUUUUAAUUUUUUUUAAACAAUCAUUGUUGUCAUAGAAACGUACAUUAUUGUAAUCAUUUUACCAUAAUAAGAUAUAUAUAUAUAUAUAUAUAUUGUUGACAAAGCAACACUAUUAACCGAACCUCGCUCAGAAUCUUUUUUCAUUAGCAAUGGUUUAUCGUUGAUUAAUUAAAUUUCCGGACGGGGCCGGUGUAUGCGAGUAAUGUGGGUGAUUUGAAAGUUUGGAACGAAGGUGGCCCACUCAAAAUAUUAAGGGGAUAUUUUAAGAAAAUAAUUAUUUUUUCUUUUUUACUUUUGUAUUGAAUAGCUUUCAGUUAGUUUCUUAGUUUUCUCGAAUACCGAAUUUGUUUAUGUAAAUCCGAAUGCAGUUUUGGAAUCAAUACCAGUGUGUACAUACUUAGUAAUGUAAAUGUACGAAAAUAUGGUAGUAACGUCUAAUGGGGAACCGCUAUAAAAUGUUUUACGUACCCUGAUUUAAAUUUAUUUUUAUCUUAUAUCAGUAUUUUUUUAACGGCAAUAAAAAUAAUAAUUUUAACCAGGGCGUUGGGUUUGAUGUUGUACCCCUCCCCCCAUUGCUUUCUUUUAGCUUUCUGUAAGGUUGAGAAGAUCGUAGAACCCUAAAAUCUCUCCAUUGAUAAACCCUAAUUACGCCACUGCCCGUGUUAUCCGUAGGUAUUUUUUAUAUUUAAACCAGUGACAAUUAUUAUCUUUACGUGAUAAACUUCAUUAGGUACCUAAGUAGGUAAUACUCGAGGGUACUAUAUUUAUUAAAUAUAAUUUUGUUUUCAAGCAAAAACUAUUGCGGGUAAGUUGUUCAAUUUAAAACAAUAACUUUUUUUAUAUAUCGUAUGAAAUAAAUCAAAAGUUUGUGCAUUUAAAUUUUAAUAUUUAGUAAAAAAAAAAAAAUAAUACUUUUUACUUUAGCAUCUGCGUAUAUUUUCCUCCGGUAGAUAACGAUUUCUGUCUAUAAAGUUCAUAUAGUAACAUUUGUGACGAGUUAGUAUAGCCUCACGAGCACUAUUUUGCUCUUUAUAAUUUUGUAAUAUUUUGAUUUUUAUUCGUUUUUGUAAAUGUAUAGGUAUUUUAAUUAAUUUUAGUACUCUAUAGUUGCAGCAUACAAAAUACGUUUUUUGAUAUUGGUUUAUACAAAAUGUACAUUAGAAAUGUACCUUAGAAUGUGUAUUUUAAGUACCUAUUUGUUAUGUAUUGUUAUUUAGUUGUUUUUAUUUCUAUUUGAUAGUACCUUUCUAACAAUAUAAAUUAUAACUACUAUUAUUAAAUUAUAACAAUACGAAUUGUAUGGGUUUAGUUUUUUUUUUUUUUUUUGCCUACAAUUAUAGUUCUUACCAGCAAAUAGUGUACCAAAAUUAUGUUUAUUUAUGUCGUUUAGAAAGUAGUUUAAUGUGUGUGUUGAAUAAAUACAUAGUUUUUAACGUUACAUUUUUCACACGAAAUAAGAAGGUGUAUAGCCCUCGUUUUUCUGAAUAUUUUGUACACUCGGUGUAAUAUAAUAAUAUAAAUAACAUACGCAGUAAUUAUGGUUUAAACACUUACGCGUAUUAUCCGUAGAAAAUUAAAUUAUUCGAAAUUUUAAUAGGUUAGGUAAACACAAUAAUAACAUAAUAACUAUAAAAUUAAAUUUAAAAAUAUUUAAUUUGUUUUUACUGAUUAACUAUAUUAGGUAUAGUGUGGUUGUUUUUUUUUUUUCAAAAUUGAAAAAGGUAUUUUUUAUUUUAUUUACAAUAAAUAAUGCGUUGCGACGAUUGAUUUACAAUACAAUUUGAAUACUAUAAUUAAUUUUUUUUUUUUGUUGCCUGUUUAUCGGUGGCGCAAAUGUUAAUACCGAUGUAUAAAGUAAUGUUUUCUUUAUAAAAGAAGAAAAAAAAAACGAACAUAAGUAUAUACUAUCGUUGCCAAAAGUCUGUCACGGUCAUUAUAUAGGUACCUCUGUUUUAUUGUACUAACGGCCAUUCUUAAAGUAUACACAAAUCCGUGUAGAAUUCACAAACGCGCCUUUGCCAAAAGUACCGCGGGUAUCCAAACAAAAUCUCUGUGUUAUUAUUGUUGUUAUAAUAUAAACGUGUCGAUAAUAAUUUCGUUUUGGCGAAACAAAUCAAUAAUUAAUCAUUUACGAAAUGUUUGUUGUGCGCGCGCAGUUCAGUUUAUUAAGCAUAGCGUUUCGCAUUAAAUAAUCGCCGGUAAAAAUACAAUUUGUCUUCUUGUUAACGUUUUAUAAACCCGUUCCGAUUGACCCAUUUUCGCGUUUUACCAGAGGGCAGUAGACGGAUCGAUUUACAACUAUCUAUAUGUGCACCGUGCAGCUGUGUAAUGCGCUGCAGCACAUCGGGACGUUCUGAAUUUGAACGGUCCCGGGCCCCGUGUUGAAAAUUCCGAUAAUAUAAAUCUGAGUUAAAAAAAAAAAACCACCAUAGCACUUCGCGGCCUUUAUCGGGUAAAACGAUAUAUUAAUAAAACAUUACAUACUUACCCACUUUUUACAUAUUGGUAAAGGGGCACGUACGAAAAUACGCUCGUGGGAUCAAAAAUAUCCCAUUAACAAAACAUUUAAAACGUAUUACUUUUUAUCGGACGCUUAAUAUAUUAAUUACUAUUUAUUGUACGGGUAUUACAUACAUUUUUGCCAUUACGAGAAACGCGAGGGUUUUUUUUUUUUUUAUUUCACAAAAUAUCGGUAUACUAGUUUUUGUGUUGUAGAGCGUAAUAUUAUAAUGAUAAAGAUUAUUUAUUUAAUAAUAAUAACAUAUUUAAGUAAUAUUAUGCGUAAACGAGCUAUAUUGUUUAAUUUAAAGCUAUGGCUUUGAUAUUAUUGGUUGAAAGAUAUUUUAAUUUAUUCGGUUUUGUUUGUUGGUUCGAAUUUUUCAUUAUAAAUGAUAACCUAUUUUCAAUUGGACGAAAACGAGUAAUUAACAAAACAAAACGUUGAAAAACUAUUAUCUAGUUAUUACAGUAUUUAUGUUACGUGUACAGUAUGUUUUAUGACGUGUGUUGGUAAGAGUCUGAAAUCGCAUUGUAGUACCUAUUUAGUAAAACAUUUAACCUUUGCAACAUACAAAUCGAUAUUCUAUUCAAUACUUUUUCGUGGAUUUAUUAACAAUAACUAAACACGCCAUCCACGAAUAUUUUAACGGUCGGUGAUCAUUUUUAUGUUUGUUUCCGGUUAUAAUUUUACUGUGCAUUGAGUGUAAGAAGUAUAAUAUAUUUAUAUAUACAAAAAAAAAAAAAAAAAAAAAGGCGAAGUGUCGUGGUUUUAAAAUGCUGGUCGGCUGUAGACUAGUACUAGGUACAUUAGGUACACAAAUAUAAUAUGAUAGGGCGGAGCGGAAGGAUUCGUAUAUUAUAAGUGAAAAUAAUAAUUUCUAUUUUAAAAUCGUUUUUGUUUCACCUAUUCGCUAUAGUUUACUCAUUUUAUUCGCCUUUGAGUUUUUCACUCCGGUUUUUAUUUGUAUGUUUUUUUUUUUUAUCGCCAUGUUUACGACUAUGAUCUUCUUCGACUUCGAUCAACAACUCUUUCAUUUGCCAUACGACUUAUUCAAUAAUAUUACAAACGUUAUACAUAAUAUAAUUAUAAUAUAGUGUGGUCUCCGUUAUUAUAAUAUUUGUAUGCGGUUUCUAAUAUAUUUUGUUUUCUUUUUCCGUUCGCUAUAUGUUAGAAGAUUAUAAUAUUAUGUACCUAUUUUGUAAUAAUAAUAUAAUACGUACAAUAGCACGGACCUGAGUGGACAGUUGAACACAUUCGUUUGGCAACAUUUACAAUAUUACAUAAUACAAAUACAAUACAAAUGUGUACAUAAAAGUACCAUAAUAUUAUAAAUCGACUAUACAGUGUUUAUAUAUAUGUAUUUAAAAAAAAACUUAUAAAUUAUGGGGAGAUAAUAAUAAAAUAACGUCCGGUUUGCCCGUUAGUCUGCAAUUAUUAUAGGCUCGAGAGUUAUUUAGUUUAUCACAUUAUAAUAUAAUACAACAGGCUCAUUGGAUAUAGGAAUUUUAAGAGGGGCGGUAACCCGAGGCCCCCUUCAGAGACACGCAAUUAUACUUUUUUUUACAUUUUCAUACUAUAAUGGUAUAAUAAGUAUUCUAAUAUAGUUCCGGCUAGCGCGAAAAUCCUUAAUAAUAUGUGUUUUGACAGAUAACGUGUAUAAUAAAAUAAUAUACCUACGUCACGUCUGGGUGACCUGCAGAUGUUUUUACAUCGUAAUCUGUUAUCAGUGUAGUAAUCACCAAUCAACAUCGACAAUGUGCUACAUGUAUUUUUGUGUCGGUAAUAUUUUUAUUUUUAAGGUACUUAAUAUCUGCCGUUACCCUGUUAUUUUCUAAACAAACAAAUAAAUGAAUGAAGUUACCUUAAGUCUGGAAAAACUGAAAAUGUCAGGGAAUUUUAUGAUUUCUACUGGAAUUUAUACGAUUUGAAUAUAUUAUAAAUUUCGAACAGAAAUUGAAUUGAGAGGGGGGAAAGAAGUUUGUGUGUGAUAAAAAUUGACCUUAUUAUCAGAAUAAAAUUGUUUUUGAGUAAAAAGUGGCUAUACCGAGUUGAAAAUCACAUUUAAUAAUGAAACCAUAGUUAAAGUAAGAAUCAUUUUUGUUUGUAAUUUCAUAACUGAAUACAUUAAAAUCGUUUUGCAUAGUGUAAAUUAUUUUUUGAGGUGUAAUACUUUUUUUUUCACCUUUUCAUAUUUUUUUUAGAAACUUUAUUAUUUUGUUUAUCAUGUCUGGGUAAUAGGCAUGGAUGAUGUUUAACAAUUUUUUUGAAAACACGGAAAGCCGCGAAAUUUUACAUAUUCAAACUCGUGGCAACCUCGUAAGGUAAUUUUUUUUUGUAAAAUCAGCGGAUUUUCGAUCUCUUGGCAAUAAUAUUAUCUAUGAUUAUUGUGGUAAAUAGUAUUUUCAUAAAUAACUAUAACAAUGACUAUAACUAUAACUAUCAAAUUUAGAUUCUGAAUUGACUGUUUUAAAAGGAAGUAAUUUUAAAAAUCUCUUUCGAUCGAAAUAAUAUGAAUGAGAAAUAUUUAUGAUUUUUUAUUUUAAAUGAAAAUGCAGUGCCUCGAAAGUUUAAAAUAACGUAGGCGUAUGUUGAUUAAAUUUACAUUGUACACUAUACGAGACAGUGUUCCAGAAUUGACAUGUGUUAUUUUUUAAUUUAGUCGGUCUUAUAAUGGCGCCACGGUGUGUUUACAGUGUGGACAUUUCAUUAAUAUUAUAAUGUAAGAAACAUGGGUGGGCUGUCUAUUAUAAUAUAGGUUUAUUAAAGAGUUUACGCUGUUUUUUCUGUGUUCUCGAUGUAAAGAACAAGUUAGUGUUUUCGAGACGCAUAUUAUAAUAUAUUCGAUUGAUUGUAUUGACUAAAUUAUUGUUAUUAUAUACUUUUGAAUAUUCAUGUAUAGUAAAUCGAGUGCUAUUUUCGACGAUUACAUUGCAUUGUACUACUCGUUUAUGAUAAUUACGAUGGAGUACAGUAUAUUAUACUUAUUAAUUGACAUUAAUAAUUGCAUCAAUCUCCCCGACUGGAAUACAAUGAUAUAUUAUAGAACAAACAUACAUAUUGUUACAUAAUAUUUCCCGCGCGAUGCGUAUUAUUUUUAGGAUACAACGAGAGUUCAAUUUACCUAUCUUAUCGUCAAAUUUGAUACCUAGACGGUUUUAUUCUCGUUUUGGCAUUUUAAUCCGCUGUUGUUGGAACAAAAAUAUUAUUCGGAACCGACGGUUUACAUCAUUCGCGAAUUAUUUACUGUAAUUUACAAAACCGGUGGAAAUUGGGUUAUUAUUUUUGGUUUAUCGAACUCGGUUUUAUUAUAACAAAAUUACUAUUGUAGAUAUGAGGUAGGGCAUUUUUUUUGUGAAUGUCUCCACCUCUAUCCCCUCUUAAAAAAGCUCCAUAUUCACAUUAUUUCUUAUAUAAAAUAAAAUUGUUACAAAAUCUACUAAUUCAAUCGUUAACCAUUUAUUUUAUAAUGGAUACACAAUUUAACUGUCCUUGGAGGGUGUCCAAUGGACUUUACUGUGUCCUUUUGGACACUGAAAACCUGCUUAAAAAACGCCUUGAUACGAAAAGCGAUACUUUUUUAUUGUCUAAUAAUUAUAACAAUUUUUACUCUUUAUUAUUAUUUUUAUUAAACAGUUUUACGGCUUAUUUUUUUUUUUACGUCUGGUGGACCAUGAUCUUUUUCUUUUUUUGUAACUGGAUUAGUGUGAUAAACAUUAUAAAUGAUUUACCGAAGGCGAGUUUGUUAAAAUAUACACGUCUGAUGCAGGUUUUCGGUCGCCAAAUUAGAAAAUUGCAUCGAGGUCGUGUCCUCCGAUAAUAUAAUAUCUAGUGUGUGUACGUGAAUAAUAAUAUUUUAUAGUUAUUGGAACAUCAUUGAAAACUCGUUUCUUAUGAAAAAAUUGCCUAUAAAAUUCUAAAUAGUUAAUUAAUUCUCAAAUGCUAUUGCUAUACCUGAACGUCAAGAAUAUAAUAUAAAGUAGGUUUUUGGUUCUACUUGACAGAUUAAAAUAUAAGAGACCAUAUAAUAUGUAUUGCAAAAGCGAUACAAUUGCUUUAAUUACCUUGAAAUAAUUAAAAUAAAUUUGAAUGCGUUUAAAAAAAAAAAAACUGUUUAAUAUGCAAUGUAUAUUGAAAUUUAAUCGUAUUUAAAAAAACUUUUUUUUAUUGGUUGUCUAGAUAAUGAAAAUAUAUAAUUUUAGAUUUUUAGUCGAGUUACUAUUCCUUGUAAAAAACUGUGGGGUGGCAAAAACGCUCAAAAAGUUUCACGGUAGUCAGUUGAUAGAAAAUCAAACCCGAAAGACCUCUUAAACGGAUUGUUUUACGAUAAGUAUUUUCAAUGUCGAGAGCAUACCUAUAGCAGAAAAUAACCGUCUAAAAAACUGUUAAAUUUAUGACAUCCGGUUUUAACAAAAUCAAUUUUAGGUUUUUUUUCCCCGUCAUAAUUCGAGAAAUAAUUUAGGGAUUUGCAAAGUCGCAAUAUUUACCAAUUUAUAACCCCUGUACUAAUAGUUUUUAAUGAAGACCUUACAAUAAUUUUAAUAAAUUUAAAAUAUUUUUCAGACGAAUUAUAGAGCCGUUGUUUAUCUUGAAAAUUCAUAAUAAUGAUGUUAAUUAUUUAUUGGCCAACCUAAAAUAAUUACAACGAUCGGUUUGCACAUUUGAUUUAUUUUUUGUACGCCGUAAUUCACAUCCAAAAUCUAAUCAAUUAACCUAUCUAACAGUAAUUCAACUAACCUCAAGAUGUUUAACUUUAAAGAUGUUAACCUCAAAAUUAUUAUUAUUUUUUAUAUCUCCGAUCAAUAAUAUAGUUUUUUAGAAUAAUUAUGUUAAGUAUCAUGGAAAAUCGUACUCGCUUACUUCAGUCGUGUUACACUCUGGAUAUAAAAAACAUUAGGUAUGCCAGAAACGAAAAUCGGUUUAAUUUGAAUAAAAAUACGAGAACAAUUUAUUUGUUUGUUGGUUUGAAAUAAAUUGAACGCAAUAUUGGUACACUUUUUAAUAAAGACAGUUUGGAUAUUAGUCUUCAAUAGACAAUGACUUUUUUUUUUUUUUAUUUUAGAUACUGAGUACAAUAAAGAAGCUUUUAAUUUUACAAAGAUGUGUUUUUUUUUCUUGGAAAACACUUACGGUUAAUAAAAAUACUUUUCAUGUCAUAGGUUCCCUAAAAGAUGCCGAUUUUUCAUCUGAUGUUAAUUUAUUUGAAACAUGUAUCGACAUUUUUUGUAGUUCAUCCCUUUGGUAUUUUUAUUUUCUUUUACACGACUUUGUUCAAAUCGUUUUUUCGUUUGCAGUGAUUUAUCAUUGCAUACAGUAUAUAAUAUGUGAAUAAGAUAAUUUUUUUUUUCAGUGAGUAUGCCUGAACAAAAUUACGUUAAUAAAGAAUAUUAUAUUGUUGUCAAGUUUGUUCUGAACCACGUAUUAUUUCUUAUCGGUAAAUCAAUUGAAUUCCCUCUCGAAAUGCGCUCUAUAUUAUUAUUAUUUUUAUAUGCUCCGGAUAACGAUGAAUUAAUUUUAAUAAAAAUAUUUCUUAGUUUGUAUAUGGUUUAUCUUUUUCAAAGAUGUUCGUAGUUAAAUGAGAAUAUUAUUAUACAAACGAAUUUUUUAAUUAAUUUUUUUUGUAAUAUUUAUAAAUAAUUAUUAUCGUUUAUGAAAUGGAACUAUAAUCAUUUAAGUAUACUAUAAUAUAUUAUAGUUAUUUUUAACUGCAUUUUUACGCUCUUUGUCGUUUCACUGUGUAGAUAAACUAGAUAAUAUUAUAUUCUACAUAAUAGUAAUAAUAAUAAUAAUAAUAAUAUACAAACACAUAUAAUACGGUUCUACAUACGCGCGCGCUCGCGCACACACACACAUACAUACACACACAUACACACACAGAGUAUAUUUCCUGCGGCAGGAUAUGUACGCCGACCGUUUUGUAUGAAUGUACAUAUUGCACACAUACACACACACACACACAAACACACACACACACACACACACCUCAGCGAUGACUAACAAUAUAGUCAUGCUCGCCGUGACAGUAUCAAAUUUAUGUUUUUAAACUUGUUUGUGAUUUUCACAAACGACACACGUCGACGGAAUAUCGUCUGAAAUAUUAUGUUAUAUUAUUAUUUCGAUGAAAAAGAUUGAGUUAGUGUAUUAUUAUAUUAAGUCGAUGUUAAGAGGACGUCGCAUAAUAUUAUUGUCUCGGCGUUGUACAAACGCUACGACAUAGCAUAUUUUUGUACCUAUUCGACAGAACCGAUUUUAUGGUUAGUCGCGAUAUUAGAGUGAAUUGUUGACCUAUUAUCAAACUUCGAGGCGAGUACAAUAGUUCUCCGAUUUGCACGUCGGUUUUUCGGAUAGUUAAAUUCUGAGCGAGAUACAAUAAGCGUUUUUAAAUUAUUGUAGUAGCUCCGUUAACGGAAACGCGUUUUCAUGACAAAUGUUCCGUUUACAGAUGUAUAAGUCUUAUGUAUUUCACAUUAACUCCGUAUCUCAUUUAAAAAUAACGGAAAAAUAAAACAUGAAGACUCAACACACUUUAUUUUCUUACCUUUUAGUAAUUUAGCUCUAUAUAUAUUCAAACGAACAGCCCGAAAUCGGUUCUUCUAAAUGAAAAUCUUUUCUGUCGCUUGUUCGUAACCCGGAGACGUCAAACGUUUAUUAUUGUGUAUGGCUUCUCGUUGGAUAAUAUAAUAAACGACUCUAAAAAAAAAACCUACUCGAGUUAAUAUUACGCAAUCUCAAAUUUAAAUAUAACAACUAUUAUCGAUUACGUAUUAUCAAUAAUAAUAUUAUAUUGUUAUUCGUCCGUUUGUAGUUUAUUUCUACGGUAGAAGUACAACAAUAACAUAUUAUUGUGUCUUUUCGAAUCGCAUAUUUGUCCUAUAUCCCUUUUUGUAACCCUUACCCACAAAAAAUCUCCUAUGCCAUUCGAUUAUAAGGAGUGAUCGACUAUUAUUUUCUUACUUACUGCCUACGUCAACAUUUAGAACUAGGUCGUUUGACUGGUGAGUAGAGACGUAGGUUUCUAAACUAACUAAAUACUUGCACACACCAUUAUGGGACCCAUAGAAAAAUACGACUUGCGUCAUAAUAGCGCCGACGCCUGGUAUUUCGAUGUCCUGGACAAAUUACUAUUGCCUAAAAUGAACGUGCCUCUUGGCUUUUCGGAAAUAAUUACAUUUCAAAUUGAAUAUGAAUAAUACAUAAUCACUGGCCAUCGCUAAGAUAUCAUGACUGCUACAUGGCCAUGCAUGCUAUGACCGUCGCAUUCAUAUUAUAUCUGCGACUGGGGUCUAUGUAUCCAUACUAAGAUAGUAAAGUUUGAGAGGUUUAAAGUCUUGAUCAUUAUUUCUUACCUGUACAAAUUAAUUGUAUCUAAUUAAAUAUAUUAUUUAUUUAAAAAUUGAAACAAAAUAUUUAUGUACACUGUAUAUCACUAUCGAGUACCUCGGGGUACUAGUAUUAUAAUAGACCUAUAUUAAAAAUCUAAAUAGACAUACUUGAGAUUAUUCUCCAUUCCUGAGUACAGCAGUCAAAAACUUCAGCACUAAAUCUAAAUUCUAAAAAAUAUCAUUUUCACUUAUACCAUCAAACUUUUAAAUAAUAUAAAGCAUACAUUGAAUUAAUUCUAAAAAUAAAUGUGUACGUUUUAAAUUAUUUUUUACUUACAUGUAGUGUUUAUUUAUAUAUUCUGAUUUUAGAUUCUGAAUAAAGCGAGGAAUGUUUUGGUUUUACAGUGGUGUAUUUUUUUAUAAAUAUACACCGUACAAAUUUUAUAUCAGAAAUCUUUGCUACGAUUUUCAAGUGUAUUACCUUUUCUAAAAAUAAAUUGUACUUAGUUAGUACUUUAAGAAUGUCAUGUUUUGAUUUUCCAAGCAGUUUUCAUAAUAAAUGGGGAAAUACUGGAAAAUUUACGAGAAUAAUGUAUUUAUUAUUUUAAAUUUUGUUAAAAAUGUUAAAAUGUUCGUAGAGACUUGAAAUUUGAACCAAAAAUUUAUAUUUGCCUUUUCUAGAAGUGGUCAAAUUUUCAAAAUAUUUUAGCCAUUUUUGAGCUAUUUAUAGAAAUAGCUAAUGUUGUUGUAAUGUUGUUAGUUUUGUACGUAAUUUUUAUUCGGUAGGUGUUAUAAACUCGUAUGUAUAAAAUUGUUAUACUAGCGAGAAAUACUUGACAAUUUAACAGAAGGUUUAUUAUAAGAAUCGUACUCUGAAUAAACUUAAAUAUUUAAUUUUAAAAUUAUUAUAAUAAAAUUGAAUAACGUCAUCUCACUUAGUAGUUCACACUAUGUGUGUUAUUAUUUUGAUUUUCAUGUUUUUAUGUUUUCGUAUUAAGUGUUGGUUUUAAAGAUUAUUGUUGACUUAGCACCGGCGCCAGGUAUUGCGAUAUCCUAGUCAAAUUAAUGUUGUAUAAGAUCUAGGGAGGCAAAUGUCCCCACCUGGCUUUUUGAAAAUAAUUAAUUCUAUAUUAUUGAAUAUAUAUAUUAAUAAUAAAUAUCGAUAUUCGUAUAUAUUUGAAAUUAUACCAUUGUCUUACUCCAAUAAAAAAAUUACAGGAGAGCUUUUUUGUUGAAUUUUGGAUCUAGUUGGUGCAAUGAGAAGCGUAUUUUUUGAUUUCCCUUGUAAUUUUAACUGAGAAAACCUAGAAUAAAAGGGAAAGUUUACGGAAAUAAUGGUCUUAUUAUUUUUGAUUUGAUUUUUUUUUUAUCUUAAUUCAAUUAGAAAUAAUAAUUAAUUUUAAUUAAUAUCUUUCACUUGAAAAUCUGAACAUGGUUUCUGGUAGAAAAGUUGUUAACUAACAGACAUGCCCAGUGACAUGGAAAAUACGUAAUUUUGCUGAAAUGUCUGUUUAUUUAGCCAUGCGUUUAAUGUGAUGAAUACAUGAAUAAGAACAUUAUUAGAAAUUAUUGAACAAAACAAAAGAAUAUGAUAAGAAAAUUUCAGUAUAUAGGUACCUAAUUAAAAUAUAUCUAAUAAUUAUUAUAUAUUGAAUGUUGGUUUUUGGUGCUAUUAUCUAUUGAAAAUAUCUCAAAUAUCGGCAACUUUUUUUCUUGAAAUAUAAUUUUACGAUGAUAUAUUAUUCGUGUAGGUAUAUAUAUUUCAAAAUAUUAGAUUUAGUCUUGAUUUAAUGCUAACAAUGUCCUGCUUUAUAAAAAAAAAGGUGAAAGUAGAAAUGCAUUCUACCAAAAUGGGCUCGUAAUUAUUAAAUUGCAGCACAAAACCUGCAGUAACUACAUGAUGAAGUGUUGGUGGUUCACUGAAAUUAAAAACUCCUCUAUUUUACACUGGGAGUAAAUUAAUUCUACUAGAAGAGAUUGUAAAACGUUAUGCGAUAGCAUAGUUUACAGAAGUUUUAUUAUUAUCUGAAAAAUAUCGGAAAGAAUAUUAUUUUUAAAAUAUAUUAGUUUUGGUUUUUUUCAUAAACGGCUUAAAGUUCAGAUUUUGACGGUGCUAAUACAGACGAACUUGAAAGUUUUCUCUGACAGCCUCGAUAACUAAUAACAAUAAUAUUAUAAUCAGUAAUAAAUUAGUCUUGUUCGUAAUCUCGAGGUCAUGUACAUUGUACCUAUUGGUACUUUUGAGUAUUGUGUUUUUUUUUUAUACAUAUAUAUUUUUUCGUUUUUAUGUUUAGUAAAUAAAAUUAGUAGUAUAAAAUGAUAUUAAAAAAUAUCGUAUUAUACUCGUACUUGCGGUGUUGGAUUGGGGUGGGGUGGAGGGGUAUUAUUAUUUUAUACUACUCGAACCGCCGAAUGAAUUAUGUGAAACCGCCUACGUACGUAAUUGUGAAAUACCUGCUAGAUAGAAAACACCUGCUCACCAGACUGCACAAGAAUAGUUCUAUUUUCAUUUUUCAAUUUUUAAUAAAUUAACAUAAUACAUUAUUUUGAAUAGUUGUUUUCAUUGUUGUAGAUCCGAGGUACUGUGUCUUACCUGUACUAUACUUUUAACUUGUAUAUUGUUUUCGUUUUAUGGGAAAUUUUUUUUUUUUAAAUUGCCGAAUUCUUAUUAAUAAAGGCGUCACUGAGGGGAAAAAAUUAGGGUCGCGUUAAUUUUUUUGCUAAAACCAAAAAAAAAAAUUCUUCCGGUUGCUGGUCCACUGACGCGAGGACUGUGACAAAUGUCUGCCCUUCCGCCGGCGACGAUCACGAUAUUUUUAGCGCAUUUUAAAAUCGACUGGGUAUCUAUAUGCAUGGGUAUUCGGCCUAUAAUAACGUAUAGGUAUUGUGCUAGCGUAGUCGGGCAUAAUUGUUAUUUAACGGAACUACUAUACGGCUCUGCUACUGCGCGUGUCCGAUUUCCUUAAACGGGUAGUGUAUUAGAAAAUAUCAGUUCAAGAACAAUUAUAAGUAAUACAGAUCGGCGGUCGGUAUAAAGACACGUGUAACGUCAGUAGUUUUUAUCUCGGACAGAAGUUUGAAACUUGAAAUUAACUAUUAUUAUUUCGAGCCGAUUUCGCGAUACGGUCGGUGUCAUACGGGUGCUGCAGAUAUUGUAUCGCGCGCCCAUGCGACAGUUCUUAUUUUUUCGUUUCUCCGUAAACCCCGCCGCGCAUACCAUAACGUUUUUUUUUUUCUAUGUACCUACGAUAUCGCGGGGGGGGCAUGGCGAACGGGGCGAGGGAGUGGGGUUCGUACGUGUACGUCACCUCCGUCUCGCCCCCCCGUCGCGUCGAACGUUUUGCCGGAGGGGUGAGUGGUGCGUGCGGAUUAGUCAGCGACCGGGUAUCGGUCGCGUCGUCGAUUCUCAACGAACGGCGGUAGCCCCGAGAGAGAAUCGCGACUGCGAUAUUCUACGCGGCGGCGACGACGACGACGACGACGGAAACCGAGAGCGGCCGUAUAAUCGUGACCAACGGGGCACGUUCGGACGACCCGCAGGCAGACAGUGCCGGUAAGCGACGCGGUCGUUCCGCGCCGGACGUUUCCUUUUACAGGCGAUAUUCGUUCGGAACGGAGAGCACGGCGUCGGUGCUGUCGGGUGGGAGGAGGGGGCGAGGAUCGGUAGGAGGAAGUUGUAGCGCGCGGUUGUAAUAUUGUCGUCGUGGUCUGGACGCGGUCGUGGUGGUGCCGGCGAGAGAGAGAGAGAGAGAGAGAGAGAGCGAGUGAGAGACAGUGAGUGUGAGAGAGAGAGAGACGCAGAAAAAAAUACCCGAGUAUAGCUGUGUAGGUAUAUAACUACGUACUGCGGUCUAAUAAUAAUACAGCAAAGAACGACCGCGCGGCCGUGGCGGCGGCCGGAGGAAUUCCACGCCCGAAUCUGGAAUAGACUCGUCUGUCCCGUCUCGGCGUUUUGUAUUCAUAUUAGCGUGCCGGGUUUACAAUAAUAAUUCCUAAUAAAGGCUAAUAACUAGUCUUAACAGCCGUUGGGGAAAAAAAAAAACGUUCGACUCGUUCGUCGUCGUCUCCGCGUACGCGCCGAUGUUUUGUUUUGUUUUUUUUUUCCUGUCCCGCCACGUAAUAUUAUUAUUAUCAAUUGUUAUUAUCUCAUAUCAUAUAGUAUUGCGACGCGUUCGCGUUCCGCGGCCCGCGGGGUUCUCCGGGUCACAACACCGCACUAUUAAUGUUGUUGUUAUCUCGUGCCGCCGACACGUAAGAUUUAAGAUAAGUAAACGAUAUUAUUAUUUACGUUUGCGACGGCCGCCGACGACGUGUCCGAACCGCGCCGUCGUUUUCGCCGGCCGGCCAUAUAAACAAUAUUUUUAUUUAUUAUUGUUUUUUUUUUUUUUCACCCAUCAACGCGCGACAAUAUAAUGAAUACAUUUUAUUGUAACAGUACCCCCGCCCGCGACCCCCCCCCCCUCGAAGAUAAUGCCGUUUCCCAUUCGUCGUCCUGUUUUAUUAAUUUUUUUUUUUUUCCUCGUCGGCUGCGUGAUUCCGAACGUGUCGCGUUCGUUUAUUAUACGUCGUCGCCGUGGCACGUGCACAUUAUAAUAACGACGCACGGUGACAUCGCGUAUAAUGUUUCCGUUAAAUUUUCUAAACGCGCGCGCGUGGUUUGCCCUCGACCGCAGAGUAAUAUUAAAACACUACGCGCUGAGCCCUCGACUGCUUACCGAAACACGACGAUAAGAAAUACCUACGAGUGCCUGUAACACUUGCCCGUGUCGUUUUUUCUACGGGGGGGGGGGGUGUUCCUAUUUCCUUUUUUUUUUUUUUUUUUUUUUCCCAUUCAUUCAUAACAAUACGAUAACAACAAUAGUUUAAUAACAUCCGCCGCGGUCGACCUUUUAUGUUUUUUUUUUUUUUUCCCAUUCAUUCAUAACAAUAAUUAUUCAUUCAUCUCGCGAGUACGCGGUAAAUUCGUAUUUUGAUGGUUUCCCUCCCCCCCCUCGUUUAUCAACGUGUAUUCAUAACACGGUGCGAUUCUUCUCGAAACUUGUUUCUGAAUAAUCGUUACAACCCAUUGGCGUCUCCUCUCCAUCCGGCAUCCGUCGUAUUUGUUUUUUUUUCUUAAACCACGCAAUAAACAAAUGGUUUAAAAAUCUUCCCGAAAACCACGAGGGCAGGACGGAGGCCGGGGAAUGAACCCAUCUGCGCCAAAAUGAAAAAGUUACAUAUUUUCGUUUGCGCUAAAUUUGCCUGCGUAUAAUACAUGAUUUUUAAGACGCCACAUUGGUUAGAAUACAAUUUUUCUAUUACAUAUUACGAGAAAGUAUUUGUUAUUUUCGUUAAAAAUCUCGCCAUUCAAAUCCUAAAUCUGUGUCUGAUGUUCAUAAAGCGUCGACAUAGAUAUAGAUUUGACCACUUCUAAUGAUGAAGAUUUCUAUUGGUUAAUGACGACAAAUUAUCUUAUAUAAUAAUUGUAUUGUCAUGAAAUCAACGCGUUAUGUACGCGUUAUUUAUAAUGCAUUUAAUUAUAAUAAAGAUUAUGAUUGUUUUUUAUAAUUAGAAAACAAAAGAACUAUAUAUUAAGCGUAAUACUUGAAAACCAUGUAUUUGUGGAAAAAAUCUAUUAAUUUAUUAUAAUUUCUAAACAAAUGUAUACCAUUAAACAUUAUUUGCAGUAUUUAAAUUUAUAAUAUAACUGUUCUAAUGUUAACAAUAAAAAUGUAUUAUUAUUAUUAUCAUAUAAAUUUGGCUCUAACGAGCUAUUCGAAAAACAGUAGCUUUUUUUUGUUUCGGCACAGAUGGGCUGUGCUCAAAAUGAAUUACUUUAACUUUUCUUUUGCUUAAAUGGGAAAUGUCUAUAGGUGGAGGAAAAGAUACAUUUUUGGUGAGGCUAAAAUUACCUUACAUAAUUAAGUGAAUUAUAUGUCCCUGUAUCUUCUAAUUAUAACGUAUUGUUUGGCUAAAAUUAACUUGUAUGAUUAUCAAUUAACCGUUUGUCAGUUAAAAAAUUAACUGAAGAUGUAUGUCUGGAGUUGUAUUGCGAACCUGGUUCUGGACGGACCUGAAUAAAAACAGCAGGAGAACGUAAACGAUCUAGAGCGUUCGAAAUGUGGUGUGAAAUUUACAAAAAAUAAGCUGGAUAGAUUGAGUAACCAAUAACAAAGUACUGGAAAGAAUGUCAGAUGGAAAGGUUAUUAUGGAACAUUUUAAUUAGAAGGCAAAACGAGUGGACGCUGCGACUCAAGAGAUUAUUGAUAUUAAAAUCAAUUAUUAUCGAAUUAAUUAUUGAAUUGAGCGUAAAAGUAAAGAACCAAAGAGCCGAGACCAAUGGGAGUCAAAACCACGUCUUGAAUACGUCCAACAAAUAAUAAAAACCAAGGAUGUGUCUUGUAUGUACAAAUUAAAAUGAAAGCUGACGGUAGAGAAGAAUUGAGGAGGGCCGCAAAGAACGUGGAAAUUCAAUUAAAUCAGUAUUGGUUUUUUUUUUUUUUAAAAAUGUAUUGUAAACGAACGAGUGACUAGCGAAGAACUGUUAAUCUACUGUAGCUUGCUCUGUACAAUGUAUCAAACUCAAUACGACAGUACCCAGUAUUGUUUCUAAGAAUUUUUGAACACAUGAUAUUCCUUGUUAGACCUAACCUAACGUAAAUUUAUCUACAACCAUAAAGGCACAGCCAUAAACAUAAUAUACCUGCAACUAAUGGUGAUUAUAUUGCUAUUAUAAAAUUCGAAUUAAGAGGACGUCAAACUCGCAUUUGCCGUCUUUGUUUUUCUAAUGGGCAGCGUAUCAAAAUAGUUGCGUUUUCGUGCAACACGCGCAGGUACGUAAAUACAGUUUUGCUGUACUGCUCUUUAGAUAGACUGCGGCCUCGUAAUACAUUUUAGAAUAAAUCAAAAUAAUAUGCUUAAUUAUUUAUAUUAAAAACAAAAUACUGUAACAUAUUAUAUAGGUAUUUUGUAUUUAUCAUAAAUAAUAUCGCAACAGUAUGUGACUUGUCGACAAAUAUUUUCACGCUAUUUAUAAUAUUAUUACACGAGUUAACGAUUUCACUAUAAAAUAUCUUGAUCAAAAAGUAUAGCUAAAGGCUAUUCAUUUUUAAAAUUAUUUUUUUUUUAUAAAUGCCACUCAGAAUAAUUAAGAUUGAAAUUAAUAACGCUUAUCUAAUCGUUGGGAAUCUUUAAUAAAUAUUCAACGUAAAUGUUAGGUAGGUACUUAAUUUUAGAUUUUUAUAUUUUGAAUUUACCCAAUAAUGCACUAAAAUUUUUUAAUUUGUAUUACAAAAAACUGGUAAAAAUUAUAUGUAGACGUAGUAAAUGAUACACAUAAUGCGUGUUUAUCUUUUUAUGACACUAAUAACAUAGAUUCGUUUGUAUGUAUUAUAUUUUUCUUGUAUGUACAAGAUUAUUAUAUCAUUUAUAGAUAAUACAUAUGUUUAAGUGAAUUAAGCUAUUUACUUGAUUGUUGUUAUAUGUUAUAAAUAAUUACAUUAUGAUGAAUUUUUCGCAUUUUAAAUUCCAUCGCUAUAAAACAGUCAACUGCUGUUAAGAGUACUUUCAUGUUAUUUAUUUAUGUUAUGCGUGGUAUAGGAUGUCUAUGCUUGGAUAAUAAUAUUUGUAAAAAUAUUAUAAUCUAAUAUUAUUACGUAUCUAUUCAAAUAUUUAGGAAUUAAAUAGGGUAAAAUGGUAAUAGAUAAAAUAAAUAUUAUAUUCAUAUCUUAGUUUGCCAGAGUUUGUUGUCUAGAAUUUAAUAUUUACUUUAUAAUAAGCUAAAUAUGGCCUAAAUUAAUUUUUGUAUAUUUGUUUUAGUUUUAAUUUUUUUAUCAUUUAUCAAUUGUUCCCACAAGACUGUGAUUUCAUUACAUUCCUUGUCUUUAUUAUUGUAACACUAUUGGUCACAUAGGAAAUUGAAUAUAGACGCAAAAUGAUUUUGCUUACAUAUACACAUAUGUACACAUUUUUUGAUAUACACACUUAUAUGUUUAUUUAUGAUAAUAAAUUGAAGACACAUUAAUUUAAACAAUUUAACAGCGCUAUGCAGUCCAUUGAAUGACGAAGCGCUAGUUUGUAUGCAAGAGACCUUUUCUAUUUAAUACAUUUAACAGAAUUCGGUGGCGUCUAAUCAUUUAAGGUCACAACAUUCGUUGUUGUCGACUUAUACACUCAUAUAUCCGCAGUAGUUUCUGUAUGUCGGAUAAAAUAAAUAGAAUUACUUAUACAAAUCAUUUGUCACUACUAUCUCUAACCCCUUUUCUUUAUUUUAGAAAAUUAAAAAUAGAUUUAUAAAAAAUAUAAACGAUUUGCUCCCAACAAGGUGCUGGUUUUUAUAUCCAAUUGAUUUAUACUAAAAAUAACAAUCUUUUUUUUUUAAUUAUCAAAACAAAAAAUUAGUGACAUAUUUUGUUUUUUUUGUUUGUUUCAGAUGGAAUUUCAAUGGUGUUACCAUGAUAGAACUGAUUCUAUCGACUACAUAGAACCAAUCAAUGUUUAUCAAAAAACAUGAUUUAAAUCAAAUAAAAAAAUUUUAUAUUUCGUGAAUUUUUUUCUGCUUUUGUUACUUUUAAAUUAGUUUAAAUUAAGUAUCAAAAAUGUCUCCUGUGGAAAAAGACCAAACGCUCACCUCAAGUUCUAUGGGAAGUUCCAUGAAUAAAAUACCCCAUUCACAAUCCACUCCGGGCGUGUCUGGUUCUAAGACACCACCAACGACUCCCAGAAGGGGAGGGAAAAUGCUCAAUGUCCGUGUUCAAAUGUUAGAUGAUUCUGUCACACUCUUUCAAGUGCAGGUAAGAUAACAUUAUCAGUCCAUUUUUGGAUAUAAUGUAUUUAUCAUUAUUGUUGCAUUGCAGACGAAAGCUGAUGGGUCUGUGUUAUUUGAACAAGUAUGCAAACAACUUAACUUAUUGGAAGCCGAUUAUUUUGGGCUUGAAUAUCAAGAAGGUUCUACUAAAGUAAAUUUUUAUCUUAAUAUUAAGUACAUUUUAAAUUAUUUAUUAAUUUGUGUUGUAUAUUUCAGCAUUGGUUAGACUUAGAAAAGCCAUUAAACAAACAAAUAGGACUUUCACUAGUGGAACCACUAAUGAGGUUUUGUGUUAAGUUCUACACACCUGAUCCUGCUCAACUGGAAGAGGAAUAUACUAGGUAUCUGUUUUGUUUACAAAUUAAACGAGAUUUAUCUCACGGGCACAUGCAAUGUAACGAUAAUACUGCUGCUCUAAUGGCCUCUUAUAUCGUACAAGGUAAAAAUUUAUUUAUCUGUCUUUUAACAUUGCAAUUUAUUGUUACUAUGUUAAAUUUUGUAGCUGAAUGUGGUGAUUAUUCUGUGGAUGAUUAUCCAGAUCACACUUAUUUAUCCUCACACAAAUUUGUUCCCCAUCAAGACAGAGAAAUGGAAAUUAGAAUAAUGGAAAAUCAUAAAAGACAUAUGUAAGUCAUUAUACAGUUUUAUUUAUUUAUGUAUAUUAAGCAGGUUGUAAAAGUUUUAAUUUUGUAAUAUUGUUUUAAAAUAUUUGUGCAGAGGGCAAUCUCCAGCAGAAGCAGAUUUAAAUUUAUUAGAAACUGCACGUCGGUGUGAAUUAUAUGGGAUCAAAAUGCAUCCAGCAAAGGUAAAUGUAUUAUCAUUUUAUAAAUUAUGUUUUUUAAUAACUUUUUAAUUUGAUAUUUAGGACCCAGAAGGUGUACCUUUGAAUCUUUCAGUUGCGCAUAUGGGUGUAUUAGUUUUUCAAAAUUAUACAAAAAUUAAUACAUUUUCUUGGGCUAAAAUCAGAAAAUUAAGCUUUAAAAGGAAAAAAUUCUUUAUCAAACUGCAUCCUGAAGGAUAUGUAAGUCAAUAUAAAAUGUAUUAUUUAUUGUUAUUUUAUAAUAAAAUAUACAUAAAUUUGUAUUUACAGGGUUACUUUAAAGAUGUAGUAGAAUUUAUAAUUGAAACUCGUAACGACUGUAAAAGUUUUUGGAAAAAAUGUGUUGAAAAUCAUGGAUUUUUUAGAUGUUUUACUGUUAAGCGUUUACCACGACAAAGGACUAAAGUUCUUAGUCGAGGAUCAUCAUUCAGGUAUAUACUAUCAUAAUUUGGUGAUAAAUAUUUACUAUUUUUAUUUUAUUUUUUGAUAUACUUAUAAAAUGAAAAAUAUAUAUUAUGUUAUAUAAAUUAUAGAUACAGUGGUAAAACACAAAAGCAAAUGGUAGAAUUUGUUAGAGAAAAUUUUGUUAAACGUCAAACAUUCCAAAGGUAAGUUUUAUUUUUUAAACAAUAUUGUAAAAUCAAAUAAAAAUUAAUAUAAAUUAAUUUAAACAAAAUUAAUUUAAUCUGAUGAAAACAAGUUUUCUUUUUAGUAGUAUGUACACAAACACAAGAAUAGCUUGAAUGUUGUGAUUCUUAGCAUGCAACAAAUAUUAGAUGUUAUUGAGAAUGUAUUUUAUUUAUUUUUUUUUUCACAAUUUUGUCAAUGAAAGUGGCUCCAAAUUCAAAACACAUCAGAAACGACAAUUUCAAUUACUUAUAUUUUGUAGUUAAUAUCAAUAAAUAACAAUUUGGGACUUGGUUUGACUUUUACAAUUAUUUUACAGCUUACUAGUUAUACAUAAUUUAAUAUUAUAAUUCACAAUAUAUAUUAUAUAUAGUGAGGAAAAGUUCACAUUAAUAUAGGAGUUUUUCACAAAUAUAAUUUUUUUUUAAUUCUAAGUGUUCACUGGUCUGAUAAAAAUAUUUAGAGACUAAAAAAUUAAUGUUCCAUUUUUUAAGCAAUAUUUGAUAACUGAAUGUGUUAGUAUAACUUUAAGUAUCAUUUUUUGGGUUGAUAAUUUAUUGUUUACAAAUUGAUUUAUAAAUAUUUUCAUUUUUUAACUUACCAAGUUAUAAGUCAACAAAAGUUUAUUUAAUUGAAUAAAUAAUGACAUGCUUGUCAUAAAUUACGAGUGUUUCCUUAAUGUAUGUUUUAUUUUAACAAUUUUGCUCUUUGGAGAUCAAAUUUAAUUAAAUAAAAUUAUUAUUAAAUAUUAUGUUUCUGAUGGUGUGUUAAAAUAAUUUAAAAAGGGUCGCUUUCAUUGGAGAACAUAGUGUUUCUUUACACCGUUUGCCCUGUUUCUGCCAACAGGUCUCAAUCAUUUCGGCAUACUGGAUUGUCGCAUUCUACUAUAUCCAAUGUUGGUUCCAGUAUUUCAGCACAUCCUUUAUUGCCCCUCGGUAUGUUUUUGUGAUUUAAUUUUUAGUUAACAUAAUUUAUUUAACUUAAGUUUAUACAUUUUUAUACUAUUGGAGCCACUUCAUAACCAUAUAUUUUAAUAACAGUUUUUUAUAGUGCUUUAUUAAAUAGUAUUUUUAAUAAAAUUGAUAAAUAAGAGUUUAGAAAAUUUAAAUUCCUUACACAUGAAAAAUCAUUAUUUGUUAAAACUAAAAUAUAUUAAAUAUUUUAUUAAAAAAUGUAUAUAUUUUUUCCUAUACUUUUGAGUUUGUUGGCAAGUUUAAAAUUCUAUAGACAUUUUUCUUUGUAUUUUAAAAACUCAGUUUUUACUUUUUAGUUUCUUUUAUAAAUUUAAUAUAAAGUAAGCUUAUUUUAUAAAUACAGUUUUAUACAAAUUAUCUUAGAUUCUGAGCCUAGUGAAAAAUGUAUUGAUUUUACUUCGAUGUGUGAUUUAUUUUUUGUAUCUGAUCAACUUUCUACAAACAAUCUUGCUCCAAUCAAACACCGAAACAAAAGCUUUUUUUCGUAGUAUUUUAAAGUUGGUACAUUGGAGAAUGGUUUUUUGAUUUUCUAAGUAGUUUUCAUAAUAAUUAAGAACUGGAAUUAAAAUCUAUACGGAGGACUGAAAAAUUAGCACUGAUCAUUAUUGUCAUUAUUUUCGAUUUUGUUUUCCUAUUAGAAAUCUUACUCUGAAUUUUGCCUAGUUGGUUUAUUAGAAGUUGAUUUUUUUAUUUUCCUUGUCAUUUUCUUAAUAAUUUUGAAAAAAGAGAAAGUGUAACAUUUUAUUAUUUUAUAUUUUUUGUUAAAAUUUGGUUGAAAAUAAUUAUAGAGACCUAAAAUUUUCAUAGAAUACUAAUAAUGACUUUUAUUACAUUUUAUAAUGGUUAGAUCUGGUUAAAUUCUAGACAUCUUUGAGUUAUUAGUCAUUUUAUAUUUUGACAUUAUAUUUUAGUGUUUAUUAUGUGAAAAAAAUUGUUUUGGCCGAGCAGACAUUUUUGAAAAUGUGUGCGUCAUGUAGAAGUUUUUGUUUAUACAUGUUCAAAGUGUAAAUAUUGAUACAAAUCAUAAAAAGUAAAUUUCUAAAAAUUACUACCCUAACUUUGCUUAGAAUCUUAUUUUGUCAGCAAUGGUUUAUUGUUGGAGAAAGAUAUAAAUGAUAUAUAACAUAAUAUAUCCUACUUUCCAAACUUCUUCUCACCUACCUGAUGAGUGGCACACUUAUCAGCAAUGUUAGCUUUUUUUUAAUAUUCAGUUUACAAUCUACUAAUAAUAAAAGAAAUUCCUUAUUUUCAUUUAGUUUAAUAAUUGAUAUUUUACUAUUAUUAAUUAGAAAUUAAAUAGUGUAUUCUAUGUACUAUAAGUUCUUGAUAUGUUUUAGGAAGUUAAUAUAAUAAAAUUUGUUUAUAUUAUAAAUUAAUAAUAAUCUAUCAACUGGUCAAGCAAGUGUUACUAUAUUUUAUUGUUUCAAAUUUAAUUUUUUUUUAUUAGUAUUAUUUAAAUUUAAGUAUAAAGUUCACUUUUUUACAAAAUUAAAAUUAUGAUAUUUUUACACUGUACAUACUCAAAUGUAUGUAUAUUUUAUUUGCGUACUACUUUAUUACUUAAUCACUAUCAUCUACUAGAUCUAAGCAUGAUUUCCACAAAUUAUACAUAGCAUGUAUAGCAUUAUUAUCUUAAUUUUUAUUUUUUUAAAAAACAAUCUGUUAAAAAAUUAUAAAACCUUUGUAAAUUGUACACAUUUAAACAAAUACUUUGUCAUAUUUAUAAUAAAUUAUUGUCAUUAAUUUCAUAUUUAUUUGUUUUUGGUUCAGCAAAUUCGGAAGCCACGAGCCUAGCGGGUUCUCUGAGUCCGAACGCAGUCCGUCGCCAGGAGGUGCCUGGAGGGGUGUUGACUGCUCAAGUCUCACAUCCGACGACAGUGACGACGACGACUUCGGACAUAACUUCCAUCACUUCAUCCCAGCGCUCGUACAGCGUCAACGAUCCAGGUCAGAAACAUUCCGCCGUAAACAACAUUAUUAUGUACCCAAACGCCAUUUGCACUAGGCCUUGCACCCGUGUUAAUGUUAUCAGGUCAAAUUAUUAUGAAGACGGUUAUGACACUGAUAAGUCAUAUGCGUCAUCAAGAUAUUCUGAAACUUUUUACAAAGAUAUUAAAUGUCAAUCUAGUCAGACUGAUUUAAUACUUGUUGAUAAAUCUACCCCUUCUUUUUAUAGUUGGCAACGUAGCUCUAGCUGUAAAGAGUUUAAUUCAUCUAGAUCUUGUUCUGGAGAAACUCACCCUUUUGAAAAUGAAGAAGUAAAUUCUUCAUUCGAUAGAAAUAGUUCAUUAGAUCAUCCUAUUACUAAAAUUUUUUCAAGCAGUUAUCCUGGUACCACUUCUAGUUUAUCAACUGAAAGUGGUAGUGAUCGUAAACUCGAAAAGGCUGGUAGUGUUAGAAUUGUACCAGAUACAGAUGAUAUGUAUCAAGAUGAUGUUAGUCAAGAUUCAUAUGAAUUAUUAGAAAAGGAGGAAUAUGAUAAUAAUAUUAGCGACGAUGAUGAUGAAAUAUUUUAUGUUGAAAACGAUAAUAAUGAAAAUAUAUUAGAAAUUGAAAAAAGAUUUGGUUAUUUAGAGCCUAAAUAUAGAGAUAUAGAAUUCAAUAAAUUUAAUGAAAUUUGUAAAAAAGAAUUGGCUUCCAGAAGUAAAGAGCAAAUUUUUACUAAUAAUAUUAUUCGAUUUAAAGCAUUUGAAAAUAAAAAUGAAACUGGUCAUGUCCCCGUGGAGCGUACUAAAAGUGAUUCAUAUAUGAGUGCUCCUAAAAAAAAAUCACAUAGACUUCUACAUCAAAAAUCUAUAGACUUGACACCUCUUGAUAAUUUUGAACCAAGUACCGUUAAACUUGAAUUAGAUAUACCCUAUAUAUUGCAUAAACGACACACAAUCGAAGGUUCGCCUAAUGAAGAAAAUACAGUUAAAUGGUCAACAAUUAAAUGUGGUUCAGAUCAUUUUUCACAAGAUUCUGGUUUAUCGUUAUCAACACAAUCCACUAGUAAUGUUAGUGUUGAAGAAGAGAGUCCUGUUGAUUUGGAUGCAGUUUUAUUGAAUAAAUAUCAUGAUAACGUUGUAACUACAUGCAAAAGUUCGGAACUCAUUCAAAUGGCAUACAAAUCAAUUUCAUUUAAUGAAUCUGAAACGAGACCAAUAACAGAUGAAAGAAUUCAUAAAUUAAAGACUUGUCAUAGUGCAGAUUCUGUACCGACAAAUAAAUGUAAGAAAGUUUGUUACCAACCUCGAAGUGCAGAUACUGGAUUGAAAAAAGUAGAAGUAAUAAACAUCGACCCAGGUGAAGAAGAAAUCCAAAUCCCAAAACCUGAAGAUAUAAUUAUUGUGGAAUAUAGAGGGGGGAAAGGUAAAAAGUUAAGGAAGGAUUCUUCUGGUAGUAGGGAAAACAGAAGUUUAGGGUCUGCUUCUACAUCAAUUGCAUCUAGUUCACCAGGAGUAUCUCCUGAACGACGUAUAUCAAAUAGUCCAAGAAAGGAAAACGUUUUUAAAUCUUCUGCUGUUAAAAUAAAAAUAGCUUCCGCCUUAGCUUCAAACUCCAAUCAUGUAGUGCCAAAUGUUGUAAUAAGUGAUAAUAAUAAAAUAAAUGCCAAUAAACUAAUGGAGUAUAAUGCUCUUCCUGAUAUUGUGUCCAAUUCUGUAAAAAGCCCUUUAACUACUGAAUUGGCUCAGAAUGUUAAACCGAGAAUAAUUGAAAUAAAUAAUGAAGAGCAAGUUGUUCCAGAUGGUAAUAAUUCAAAUGAAAUUAAAUUAAAACUAAAAAAUACAUUAUCUAAUAUGAUACAUUCACAAUCAACAACAAUGUCUCAACCAAAGAUUCUUGAAUCAAAAAAUGAUAAAAUUGAUUCAUUUCAUUGUUUGGCUUCGAAAAUUGCUGCUUUUGAUGCAUUUACUAAUACUAUAAAAACAGAUAGGUCAACAGCCGAAUUACCAAGAAAAAAAUUGCCUGAUAAAAUACCUCAAAAGCGAGAAAAAUCCCCUGUACUUUUUGCCAGAUUGGGUUUAUCAGAAGGAUCAGCUUUUCCAAAUGUUACUGGUCAAAUCCAAUCUCAAAGACGUGCAAUAUCUUUAGAUGCACCAGUUGUUUCACUUAAUCAACUUCCAUUAGUCACAUCGUUUUCUAGUAAAGAUGAUACAGUAGACAAUGAAGAUGAUGUAGAAUUGGAAGAAAAACCAAUUAAAUGGUGGAACAUUAAAGUUGAUGAAACUGUUGUAGAAUGUCUCACAUAUUUAAUUAAUGCUGUUGUUAUGGAAUCUGAGAAAAAUGAUAGUAAUUCGUUGUCACCGAGUAUAACACCUGAGAGAAGACGUUCAAGUACUCGUCAAGAACGUUUAGACUCAUUUAAGAAAUUAAAAAAUUUUGAAAUCGAAACAUGGGAGUCGGAAGAACUGAAUGGGGCAGCGGUUGUUGAUUAUGAACAUAGGGAUUUUGAAGAUGAGACUUUUAUUGUACCCGAAACUAUUUGUAUGGGGGAUACUGAUAUUCAUAAGCAAAAUAAUAAAUCUAAUAAUAAUAAAUGCUCUACUGACGAUGAUUGGGUAUCAGUAGAUGAUUCUGGUAGUAGCGAAGAAAUACCAUUCAAAGAACUUGAUUCGCAAAGUUCCGAUGAAACAAAGCGUACUAAUCAAAAAACAGGUCAGAGUGUUUCAGAAAUUAUUGAGGAUACUGUAAUUGAAGCAGACAAUACAAUAUCUGAGAAAAAUGAUCUAUGUGAAAAAGAGCUAGAAUCAAAUUCAGAUGUAUUUGUAGAAGAAAUUGAUCACGCUGAAUUGAUUAACAAAUUGGGCUGCAUUGAAAUACCACCCAAGCUAGAGCCUAAACGACAUCACAAGCUCUCGUUAGAAAGCUCUGGUAGUUCUAGUCUUGAUGACCCACCUCAUAUAGAUGAUAUGAGCGGAAACAUUGCUGACGAAGAAGAUGUUACAUCUAGUCCUUUACCGCCAACUCCAGAUGUUACUUAUUCUGGUAUGUAUCUUAUUGGUUAUGGAAUAUAUGGUAUAUCUCGGACAUUGUCAAGAAUAAGUGAACAGAGUACUUCGGAAAAGUCUGAAAUAGAUGACGAGUUAUCGACAAGACAUUCUACUCAAUCUGCGUCUAUGGACGAUUCAAUAUUAUCUAGUGAUUGUCAGCUGAGUUUGUGUUCUGAUGCAAUGGACAGUUUACCAGAUUUGCCGCCAUUACCGGAAGAGUAUGCGUUUGAUAUACCUCCCCCAGUUGAACAAUGGCCUUCUCCUAAAAGUGAAGAACUUACACCAGUUGAACAAUGGCCCUCUCCUAUUAGUGAAGAACUCACGCCUGUUGAUCCAAAAAAUUUUGAAGAUGAUGAAGACGCAAAAACAAUUCAUAAUGAAGAUUUUAUGGAAGAAGUGGAAGAGCCUAAACGAGUAUCCUCUACAAAUAAGCCUAGACUAUCGUUUGGCGAUGAUACAUCAGCUGGUGUGUCUACGUCCGAGUUUUCGAGUAACGCAACAAUUUUACAUCAUUACGAUAAUGUUUGUCCACCGCCAGAGUUUUUGAACCAAGAUUCUGAUGAAUACGAUUCUCCUUUUACUGAGUCUGAUGAAUCGAAAUUCUACAGACCACCACCACACAUGUUCGAAUUACCUAAGACUAGUAUGAAAAAUAGAAAGAGUCGUAUGGCACAUGGUCCUGCGUCUUUAGAUGCGCCUGGACCAAAGUCAAAGACUUUGUCUACUAGAGCUCGUUGCCACUCGUAUUUUUCAUUAACUCGAAGUCCACCUAGUGACGCCUCAUCAUCAUCACUCGAGGCCCAAGAGCCACCCAAUGUGCCAAAUACAAUACCUAGGGCUUCUAAAAGAAGGCGUUACACGCAUACAUUAAAAAGAAAACCCAAAGUGAUACAAAUCACUAAAGUAUAAACUGAGUUAUAUUAUAUUGAAUAUUCAAUGCUGUUAAAAAUACCCUAACCUCAAUUAAACCAAUAAAUACUACAUUAGAUUAAAAAAUGACAUUUAGGGUGUAGUAUGGUAAAUACAAUUACAAUAAUAUUUUGUUUUAAGGAAGUAAAUUUGUUACAAAUAAUUUGAUUGGAAUUUCAUAACUAAUAUUAGUUAAUAUUGAUGUUAAUAUAAAUAUUUUUUUUUCGGUUGUGAUAGUGAUGUUAUAGAAGUUUAUCAUCAAAAUUUGUUUUGUUUUUUUUUUCAAUAUGUUUAAAUAAUAGAUAUUAUGUUGUGUUAACAAGUUGUUAUUCAUUUUAAGUUUAUAACAUAACUAGGUAGUUAAUAUUUUUAAAAUUACUAUUUUGGAACUUGUAUUUGUGUACAAUAUUGAAUUGUAUUGUCUAGAAAAAAAUAAGUUAUUUUUAAUCACAUUUUAUUUUCAUGGGUGGCGAGUGUGUCCAAUGUUUAAUUUUAUAUUAUUAGUAUAUGUGAUCUGCAACAAUAUCGAUAUCUGCCAUUUUAAGAUAAAUUUUCCGUAUCGAUAUCUUAUUGAAUUACCUAUCGCGGUAUUUUCUAAAUUUUAAAGGAGUGGAUUUUAUAUUAAUAAAUGAAAAAAUAUAAAUAUAAAUAGCAAAUAUGGUAAAUUUUAGUUAAUUUAUUUAGUAUUUAUUAGAUAAGGCAACAUAUUUAAUUAUUAUUUAUUUUCAUUAAAGAUGGUGCAUUUAGCCUAGAAUGUAUUCUAUUAAAUAUUGUCAUUUAUCACUAUUAGUGAUAAUUGAUAACAUGACUGUUUUAACUUCAAUCAUACCACUUAUUAUUUGCUUAUAAAAAACUCAAAUAUUGUCAUUGGAUAUCAAUUUAUCAGUAUUGAUUGUUGUUUAUUCAUUUCACUUUUACGAUAGUGAUAAUAUUAUAGAUAUUGAUACUAAAAAAAAUAUCAUUGCUGAACUACAUAAUAAGUAAAUACCUUAGAUUAUGUAAUAUCAUGGAUGGAGCCACAGUGUAGUUUCUUGUUGCUAAUAUUAGCGACAAGUCGUUGUAUGAGGAGAUGAGGAGCUAGACAUGUGCAUGAUGCGACACAAUAAUUUAUUUAGUGAAGACUAUUGGGAGAUUUUUCGAUAAUAUUGGCAACAAGUUUUUUUUAUUAAUUAAACAAAAAUGAAAGAUGUACUAUGGAUGGAGCAUCCAUAGAAUAUGAUCUAAAAUAGUUACCUAACAAUUAUUAGUUAAAUUAUGAUAUAAAUUUCUUUUUGAAAAUAUAUUGAUUAAGUUUAUGGUUAUUUGUUGCUCAAUGUGUAUAUUUAAACAGUAUGAAUUUAAUUUUCAAAUUCAUAGAAAUAUCAUAGUUUAAUUUUAACAUUUGUCAACUCGAUUGAGUAAAAUAUAAAUUAACAUUAAAUACUAAACCUGGCAAACCCGCCACCCUAUAAGUGGAUAGUGAUAUAUCAAUAUUAUACUUUGUUAGAUUAUAAUGUUUUAUGAGGAAGUAAACCAAACAGAUAAUUAUAUAAAUAAUAAACUAUUUUAAUAUAUUAUAUAGACUGAUAUUAAAUAUUGUUGCAAUUUAGAAUUGGUUUUAAUGUAUAAUUGUCAGGAAAUAUAACAAUAAGAUGAAACUAAUAUAUUAUAUUAUAGAAUUUAAAAGAGAAAUAAAUGAAUACACCAUAAGUAGGUACCAUGUAUGUGUGAUACACAUGCUAUGUGGUCCUCUAACAUUUAUUCUUAUACAAUUUUAAUGUCUACAAAUUACAUUUUUAAAUGUUACAUAAACUUACAUAUUAUUAUAUUAACUUCAAACAGUCUUCCUUAACUCUAAUUUAUAAUAAUAAUAAUAAUAAUAUUAUUAAAUACAGUUUUGUUUUUAGAUAUUUAAAAUAUUCAUCAAAAUAAACAUAUUCAUUUUUUCUCUUUUAAUAAUAAUAUUGAUAAAUUGUUUGUUGCAUCGUGUCUUUCUCUAUGUUUUAUAGUUAUUUUGUUUUAUUAAAUAACUAUAAUUAAUAAUUAUUGUUAAAAUCCCAUACUUUGUUGUGAGGAGAGAGGGUUCGACAAAAAAAAAAAAUAAAUAAUUUAUAAUGCAUUUCUAAACAUUUUCGUAUUUAUGAAUAUUGUUAUUAUUUAAUUGCAUUUCUUUAAUUUAUAUACCUAGUUGUAAUUUUUUUUUUUUUUUCAAACUGAAUAACUAGGUAUUUAGUUAUUUGUUUUUCUUUUUGUAAAUUUUUAUAAACAAUUAUACUUAUUAUAUCUACCAUUUUACUGUGUACAUAUAAACAACUAUAAAAUACAAUAAUUAAUAAAAAAAACAAUAUAUAUAUGCAUAUAUUAUGUAGAAAUGUUUUAAUAUUUUUAAUAAUUUCCGUUUAUACAUUAUAUCUUUUUUACUGAAUGUCCAUUUAAAUCAUUCGUGUUAAGCAUAUCCUGUUUUACCUGACGGAGUCUUAAGUGAGUUUUGAAUAAUUAUAGUUACAAAAAAAAAAAAAAUGUAUGUUGAACCCUAAUGUUUUACUGAAAUUCAUCUAUCAUAUCAUCAAAUUGCUUGUCAUUUAUUAUUAUUAUUAUUAUUAUUAUUUUUUUUUUUUUUGUACAUGCCAUUAUUUAUUUUGCAACAAGCGUAUUAUUUAUAAUGAUUUAAAUCAAAUUAUUAAAGAUUAUUUUUUUUUGCAGUCACAAACCCAUCCCUAUUUUAGUUUUUAUUAAAUUGCACAAAUUCAUGGUUAUUAUAAUGAUUACCUAUAUUACUAUUAUUAUUUUUUAUUUAUCUCUAUUAUUCCUAUUGUGAAUUAUUGUACUACGCAUGAUAUGUUUAUUUUAUUUUGCCUUACAAUAUUUGUGUAUAAAAGAUUUGUUAAUAAAUUUUUUAAAUUUAAGGUGACAUUCCGGAAGAGAUGGAUUCACCAUUUAAAAAAAUUAAUGGAUCUACAUCUUGCUUGUCUACUACGUCAGUUAAAGAAAAUGGUAUCAUAACAUCAUCUACUCCGAAAAAUCAUAUAACAAAUGGAUCAUUAGGAAAUAUAAGGUAACACAUUAAAUGCUUUUUACUAUUUUAGGGUGACCAUACGUCCUGUAUUAUAUGAGAUUGUCCCAUUGUCCUGACAAAAGUUAUUCAGGAUACAUUUUGUCCCAUUUUUCAAGUCUGUCCGCAAUUAAUCCUGUUUUCCCCUUACUGUUAGUGUAUAACUUUUAUUUAUUUAAUGUCUUCAUGGUAUUAUUCAAUAAAAUCUACACUACAAUGGUUUUUGUAUGUUAUUGUUUUGACUAUUUAGGAGGUAUAUUGUUUUACACAUGGUAUAUAAUAAGUAAUGAUCUCAUUUUAUAAACGAGUCUUGUAAUAUGUUUUACAAUAUUUUAUUAAAAGAUAAUAAAUUAUACUUGUUAAAAUUAGUUCAGCAUUAAAGUACACAAAACAGCAGAAGAAGAAACUGGUCAACAUGAAAAUAAAAUUGUCUUUGUGUAUACAUAUUUUAUUUGUAGGUAUUCAAAAACCUUUAUAUAGCUAACAUUAAUUUUGUUUUUGUAAAUUAUAAUAAUUAUAGUUAGGUAAAAAUGAUAUAAGUAUACAUUAUACUUGUAUCAUAUUUAAUUUAUUUAAUUUUAGUGUCCUAUAUUUUUAUUUUAUUUUAAUGGUCACCCUAUACUAUUUACUAAAAAAACAAAUUAAAUUAAUUAUAUAUUUUUUUUUAGUAAUGAUCAUUAUAGUAACGUCAGCACAAUUAUGACUGCUAAAGAUGAAACUUUGAUGAAAAACAUCGAAGUCACUGAUACAAAACGUAAAGUGAGUUAUUAUCAUGAUACAAUAAAUAAAACUUAAUUAUAAUCACGCAAUAUAUUUGUUUAUUUAUUUUUUUAGUAAUAUUCUUUUUAUUAUAAUUUUAUUUUUAAUUUUCAGAGACCUACAGAUAGAGCAUAUUUUAUUACUAAAGAGAUAUUGAUGACGGAACGCACUUACAGGAAAGAUUUGGAAGUCAUUAAUUUUGUAAGUAAAAUAUACCGCACACACAAAAAAAAAAAAAAUAUUCAUUGUUUGUAAUUGAUUUAUUAGUGGUUGCGAGAUAAUAUGAGCAAAGAAGAUGAUGAAAUGGGACAGAUAGAAGCAGUUAAUAUGUUGCUCAAUUUAAUUGACCCGAUAUAUGAUGCACAUUCAUUAUUUUUGAAGGAUGUAGAAAUGAGAUUAAAUAAUUGGGAUCCUCCGUGUAUAGCUGAUAUUUUAGUGCAGCAUUUUAAUAAUUUAGAAGUAUAGUUUUUUAAAAAAAUUAUUUUGAUUUUAUUUAUAUUUAGAUUAAUGUUAAAACUAUUUUUUCAGUUGUAUGAUCAGUAUUUGGACGAACACUUAAAUGUUUUAGAGAAAAUUGAUCAUGCAUAUCGCACUAACAAGAAGUUUGAAGCAUUUUAUAAAGAUUUUGAAAUGGAGAAGGUGUGCUAUUUGCCGUUGUCUUCAUUUGUGUUGAAACCACUUCAAAGAUUACUCCACUAUUCCCAUUUAUUAGAAAGUAUGCAAUUUUGAUAUAAAUAAUUUUUACAAUAAAUUAACAUUAUAUUUAUAUUUUUUUUAGAAUUAAUAAGACACUAUGGCCCUUCCCACUUAGAUUACAAUAACUGUUUGGAAGCCAGAGUAAAAUUAUUAAAAGUGACUAAGAGAUUGCCAAGUGCACUUCGCAGAUCGGUAAUUUACUAUUUGUGUAAUUUUUAAAUUGUAUGUACCUGCUUUAAUGUUAUUGUAUUACAUUUUAUUUGGUUGCUGUUUAGGAGAAUUUUGUUCAGCUUUGUGAAUUGGAAAGAGAUAUGGUUGGCGUUGAAAGUCUUCAUGUUACAGGCCGAGAGUUUGUACGACAAGGGUGUCUUACCAAAUUUUCACAAAGAAAAGGUUACCAACAGCGCAUGUUUUUUCUGGCAAGUUGAAGCAUGUUUUAACAUUAUCUUAUUUGUUUAUUUUUAGCAGCCCUUUCUGUGCGGUGCGCUAUCCAUACAUAAUAUCCAAAUUAUGGAGAGCCAACAAUAUUUUAAACAAAAUCAAAAUAAUUAUAUAUUGUAAUGUUGCUUCAACAAUAUAAUAUUCUUUUAAUGAUUUUGUAUCUAUUUCUAUGAUCAAAUUAUAAUUAUAAACCCCAUGUUCCUCGAUAUUUAUAUUAAAAAAUAAAAGUUACUUAUAUAUUUAUUUAUAGUGGAAAGAAGAUACGUAUAAGAAGAUAAGAAAGUUAAACUAAACACAGUUUAUGCUGCUGAAUAUAAAUAAAUACAAAUUAUAUUGGUUUUGUUUCUUAUCAUUUUUAAAAUAUCGUAAAAAUAUUGUGUUAAGUUGAACAUAUUUGAAAAAUGAUUAAUGUUAUUAUAUUUUUGUGAUAAUUUUAAAAUCAUGAUAUUUGUUGUUGGUUUUCGUUUGUAAGAGUAAUUAUGUGUGGGCAGUGUAGAAAAUUAUUUGUAAAAUGUAUAUAUAUAUAUAUAUAUAUUUUACAAAAAGUGUUUAAGAAAGUUCUUGUUUGAUUUCAAUUUUUGAUUAUUCGUAACAUUCUUUAUUGAUUGAUGAAUUUUUUUUUUUUUUUUGGAAUUUUUAGUGAUAAAAGAAUCUGGGUGUUAUUCCUAUUGUUUAUAAAAAGUUACCAUUGAGUCAAAAUUUAAUUCAUAAUAUAUGUAAAAACAAAUUAAAAUAGAUAAUCAUAAUAUUUUCUUAAUAAGUUAUUUACUAUUAUUUUUUUACCACGUGAUUGUCUAGCGAUAGAAAAUGUAUGGAAAUAUUGAAACCGGGAAUCAACAGUUUUUUCUGGAAAAUAUCAAAAAUUGCAGAGAAAAAACUAGUAUUUAUUAAAGUUUAUAAAAACUAGUAAAAAUCAAUGGUGCUUAAUGUGUAUUUAAAGCAUCAUGUAUCUAAAACUUUUUUUUUUAUUUGAUAAUUUGGUUUUGAAACGGGUUAAUAUUUAAUUUUGAAUCACCAUAGAUGUAUAUUAUUCUAAUGUUAUAAUGUUCUUUUUUUUUCUGUGUAUAUUUAAGAAGACAUUUUAUAGAAAUAUUAUUUUAUCACUUAUUCUAAUUAAUAUUUAUUUAUUAUUAGUUAUUAUUUCUCAUUAGAUUUUUUAAAAAAUUUUUUUCAAUUUUUCAAACUCUUAUAUGGUUGAUGAUUGGUCACUGAUUGGUGUUGUUUUGAUUACAUUGUGUAAAUGAACUGUGACAUCAUUUUUGUUUUCAAAUAAAUUUUCAAGAUUAGACAAUGGGAUACAAAUUUAAAAUAAUAUCUAAAUUAAAACACAAUUUUUUUUAAACACGACAACUCAGAGUUAUUUAAAUAAUAAAAUGUAUUGAAAAAAUCUUUUUUUUUUUUUUUUUUUAAAUUAAUUUGUUAAAAAUAUAAAAGGUACAGUAACCAACAAAAUAUUUCAAGUAUACAAUACAGGGCAUUCUAAUAGAUGGUAAUGUUAUUAAGUCAAUUUUUCGAAUAGGACAAUGGUUUAUGCAUAUAAGUUAAUUGCGUGAUGAAAAUAUAACAUGGUAUUUGUUGCUGAAAAUACAACACUAUUUUAAGGAAUAAAGUUAAAUUAGAUUGUUCAUUUCGGUAUUAAUAAAAAAUGUAUUAUUUGCAGGGUGAUUAUUAAAAUAUUUUAUUUCAAAUAAGUUUAUAAUUAAUUAAAAACAAAAAAAUAACUUUAAAUUACAUUUGUAUGGAGAUUUGGAUCUAUUAUGAGAAAUAGAUGUAUUGCCUAUUAUAUUUAGGUAAUUAUAAACUAUAUUUUCACAAGAAAAAUUGUUUUUGCAAAAAAAUGUGUGCGCACACAAUUAUCACAAGAACAUUUUCUUAAAAAAAUUAACAUACAAUUAUUUAUUAGCAAAAUUUUAUAAUUUCAAUAAAAAUCCAGAUUAUUGUUUAUGUAAAUUUUCAUUCGUGUUUAUGUACCUAACAAAAUUGUGGUCGACUGGUGUAAAAAAAAAAAAAAAAAAAAUACCCUUUUUUUUUUUCAAUUACUAUAUUGUGUAUUCCAAUGACAUUACCAGUUUGUAGCUCUCGAUGCGGCCGCACAGGCUCGAUCAAGCUUAUAAUUUAACUAUUAUUUAACUAUAUAGCUUAAAAGAAAUUUGUGUUCAGCUUAACAUUAGUGUUGCGCUUUUGUGCAUGCCAAUAUAGAUGUCUGAUAUGUUGUUUUACACGGCAAGGGUUGGCCACAUGUUUCGCGUCCACGGCCAGAUACCCCUCAAUGAUUUAUUUGUUGAAGAACGAACCGACAACCCGACACAGUAUUCUUUUUCCAUCUAUUCAAACAACAGGUAUGAAGAUAUUAUUGCAAAAAAUUAGUCGCUGAUUAUGGUUUUAUUUAAACGGUUGACAAUAUUAUAUAUUAUUAUUAUUUUAUACUUACCUAGUACUCAUCGGACAGUGGGCCAAUUUGUGCAUGUGGCUCGAGUGCCGUUUCUGAAAAUAACAAAUUUUAUAAAAAUAAUAUUUAGUAAAUAUUGUUUUAUGAUUGCAGGGUAAUCACAAUUGCGGCGAAUAGUCAGGAGGAAAAAGAUAAAUGGCUGGAGGAUAUUGCAGAGAGUGUACAGGCGUAUAAAGGAGAACGGACUACACAUAUUGAGCCUCCAAAUGUUUAUUUGAGUUUAAAAUCCUGCAGUAAGUUUAUAUUAUUAUCUAUUUAGUAUUUAUACGUAAAAAAUUAUGAUUUAUACGAAUUAAUUAAAUUAUUGGUUUUAUAAACAACAAAUACAAAUUAAACCCAUAAAACAUGCACUAUAUUCUACUGCUCAUUAAAGUUUUUGUUGCCACAGUGUUUUUUUUUGUCUAAUAAAAACUAGAUUUGAACUAAGAUAAGAUAUCUGGUUCUUCAGAUGAUACAAUUUUAUUUAUAAAUAAAUUGAUAAAUAUAAUGUUAUAGUAGUUACAAUUUUCAAAAAAUGGUCUAUUAUUUGAGAAAAAAAUGAAAUAAUUUUAAAUAUGUAAAAACAUUUAUUUAUGACAAAAUAUAUUAAAAUUUAAGAUUUUAUAGAAAAUCAAGCGAAACAAUUUAUCAUUUGCCGAAAUGUUGUUAUCAUGCAACAGUAAAUAUUUAUAUAUAAAGUCAAGCUCUAUUGAGUAUCUAUUUAUAGAGAGUAGUUUAAGUUAAAUUUUUAUAUUAAUUGUACUAUAUUUAUCUAAAAUAAUUUAAUAAAACAAUUAUAAUUUUAAAUAUAGACCCAUUUACACUAAAUGUACUUACCAGUUACUUUAAAGAAUUUCAGAAUAUGAUUUUUAUUAAAUAAUUUUGGAGAUGAGUUUUUCUUUUUCGUGUGUGCCUUUGAAUGCCACUACACCAACAAUAUGAUAUAAUGUUUCUGAACUGUGCAGGUUCUUCGGAUGACAUGAUGAGCAACAAUGGUGACUGUAACGGAACCCUAACCGAAAUCAACGGCAAAUUGCCGAAUGGCGGUGGGGCUCAAAGAAACAACACUACUGUCCACGUUUGUUGGCACCGGAACACAAGUAUCGGCAUGGCCGAUCAUCUCCGUGCUACCGAAGUGAGUAUAUUGUCUUCUAUUUCAGUGGGUUAACUUUUUUACGGAUCCCGAACUUUCUCCGAAUCUCACACUAGAUAUGUAAAAUAUAAUGUUUUCGUAGACCCAGUGCUAAAGAAUUCAUUUAAAGUUUGUGUCAGUUUUUUUAAACCAAAAAUCGAACAUGUUAAAAUUCAUCAUCGAUGAUGAUAAACACUCAUUUGCAACACGAGCAACUGGCAAUCUUGAUUGAUCGUGUACUUUUAUAUAUACUUUGUACAUUUUUACCCGAAUUAUUUGUCAACGACAACAAUUUUAUUAACAUGUAUCGUUUGUACAGAACCAGUUAAGCGGUUUCCUGUUGCGCAAGUUCAAAAACAGCAACGGUUGGCAAAAACUAUGGGUCGUGUUCACCAAUUUCUGCCUGUUCUUCUACAAGUCGUUCCAAGACGAUUCGCCGCUUGCCAGUUUGCCUCUGCUCGGCUACAGCGUCUCGAAACCUAACGAAAAGGACUCCAUCCAGAAAGAUUUUGUGUUCAAGUUGCAAUUCAAAAAUCACGUCUAUUUUUUCAGAGCUGAAAGUGAAUACACAUUUGGCAGGUUGGUAAAAUGCAAAAAUAUAAACACAAACACAAAUUAGUGUUACAGUAAAAAAGAAAAAAAAGAAUGAGCAACUAAAAGUGGAAAAUCUUUUGUGUUUAGCGCUAAAACUCGUGGUUUUUUUUUUUUUAGUACGGACAGUGUUUAUAUUGUUUAGUUUUCUAAGGAUUUUUUUCUUUCGAGGCAUUAAUAUAUAUUUUUUUUAACGAAUUACUAUUGCUUUUUAAUAAUAAUAAUUAACGUCCAUUGAAAUCAACUGGCUUACAAAAAAUUCUUUGGUCGUAUACAAAUUAUUAAUACAAAUUUUAGUAAGUUAUUGAUGACCGGUAAUGAUCUGCCGCUACUGGUGACAAUUGUUGUUUUUGCAGUUUGCUUCACUGUCCGAAAAUCAUUUAUCCCCAACAGUUUUGGUUCGAAAAACAAUAAUUUAACUAUUUGUUUCCGCACUUUGUCCGGAAAGUGGGCUGAUUAUAUUCUUCAUUACGAUUCAAUAUAUUUUUUUCUUUUAAUACAAUGAUAAUUAAGUUUCAAAUGAUAUCGGUAUAUUGAUGGUCGAAAUAAUUGAAAUUUAAAGGUGAAAAAAAGACGGGGCAUAUUUCGCACGAUGGGUGGGUCACUUUUGUAGAUGCGAAGUUCGGAAGGUAAAGAGGAAGCGUAAUUUAUAUCUGUGCACAACGAUUAGCCAUCGCUAAUGAAAAACGAUUCUGAGCAGAGUUCGGUUAACCCGUUAAAGCCUAGUGUGACUAUUAUGGUAACACUACAGUUGUGUUUGAAUGCGUGCUAUUUUUUAACUGACGGGGGUUUUUACUAUUGCGUUAUUGCAUAUUGUUGAUAAUGACCUGCCAUUUAUUUUGGUGUAUAAAUAUAAAAUAUAUUGAUAUUAUAAUAAUUGAUAUUGGGUGUGUUCAUUUGUCGGCGAUAUGUCCACGAAUAAAGUUCUGUGUUCAAUAAUCACGGAUCUUCAUUUCGAGUUGCACGAACAAUGAGUGGAAUGUGUGACGUUUGAUUGUGCAUCGAUCGUUUUGCCAGUUUCCAUAAAAAAUAAACUUGUAGAUUGUCUAACGCCCUAACGGAACAUCUAAAAAAAAAGAUUGAUAAUUUACUUCAUAACGGAUGUCAGCUGUGAUUUUAAUCAAAAUUUAUUGUAAAUUGAAAAAAAAAAUCCGAGCUUUGUCAACAAUAUUAUGGCAAAAUAAUUACUUUUAUUACUUUUGCAUUUUAUAUAUUUUCUUUAUUAAUUUUUUUUAACAAAACGACUUUCGUCGAACUUUGCUAUUAAAAUUAUUGUACAAAAUUCUACAUUGCACUCAUUUUUUUUUUUUUUUUACCACAAAGUAUGACCUAUAAUCAACUUCCUGUUAAAUUUGUUAACAUUUCUGUUUGGUCUAACAAUUUAUUUUAUUCACAAAGUGCCACCAAAUAAAAAUUACGUGAAAAAACCCCCGUAAAUUUAAAAAGUUUAUAAAUAGCUCAAAAAUUGCUACAAUAGUUUGCACAUUUUACCACGUCUAAAAAGGACAAAUAUAAGUUUUAUGUCUAAACUUCAAGUUUCUACAAAUAUUUUUAACUGAAUAAAAACAAAAAAUUAAAAACAACACAUUUUGUAAAUUUUCCCGGAUUUUCCCAUUUAAAUGAAAAUAGCUGGGAAAAUCAAAAAAUUACUUUCUUAAAGUAUCACCCAGAUGAAAUUUCCUUUAAACCUCCUAAAAUAGUAAUAAUAAAAAAAAAAAAAUCGGUUCGAAUCUAAAAGAUUUAAACUUGUAUUUACUAUUUCAAGUCCUUUUUUUGUAAUUUUUAGAUGGAUGGAAGUGAUUGGCAGUGCCGCUCAAAACGCUGGUCGCAUGAGAUUGUUUAGCCGCAAAGACAGCGAAAACAAUUACUCGGACAUUAUAGUCAAGUAAAAAUGAUUUUACAAUCAAAACGUGUUUAUUAUUAUUAUUAUUAUUAUUAUUAUUAUCAUUAUUUAGUAAAAUAUUUAACACGACACAAGUAACGUUAAGGUUAUUAUUAUAUAAUAAUAUUAUAUAGUUUUAUUGUCAUAAAACUAAUGCAGGAGAUUUGACUAGAAUUUUCGUUGCAUAUUAAAGUUUUCCAUCCUCUCCAUUCCCCCCAUUAUUUUAUAAUAAUAAUAUUAUUAUUAUUAUUAUUAUUAUUUUUACCUAUACUAUUAAUUUUAUUAUACUUUUUAUUUUGUUUUCGAAUUAUUCAAUCAUCGUGCGUGAUGGUUACAUUACAUCAUCGUAUAUUAUUAUACACUAAGUGCUAUUAUUUUUAUAAUUCAUUUCAUUUUCAACCAUUUUAAUUAUUGUACUACUAUAUCGACAUAAUAUUAUUUUUAUGAAGUAAACUAAAUAGUCUUAGUAAACUAAGAUAUUGUUUAGAUGUGUAUGGCUAUAACGAAUUAAAAACAUUAAAACAAUUAAGUAAAUGUAAUAACAAUAAUUUAUUAUUCACAAUUAUUAUCAUUAUUGUUAUUAUUAUCAUGUGAGAAAUUUGUUCUUUUAUACUUGUUGAAUAAAAAACUAUUUUUAUUAUUAUUA